AGGACAGACCGCUGUGUUGAGUGAGGGAAUGUGUUUUAGUGAGCAGCAAAGGAAGGAGUAGGUCAAAGGAAGAAGCUAAGUGUGACCUAAAGACGCUGCCCUGGAGUUUUUUUUUUGUUUUUUUUUUGCUGUUCUUAUUUUUGUCACCUGCACAAGAAGAGACCUCCAGCAAGGACGCAACAAACUUGAAGACAGCAGAGAUUCUGAAAACCCUCUCUUCUGUGCUGUUUGUCAUUGAAUGAGGAGGUGACUAUGAUGGAAAGCUGGCGUGAAGAAUGAUGACAAUGCCAGAAGAGUUUCUGUUAUUCUGUUACUCUGCAAGGUGGACCAAAGAGAGGGUAGAGCUGGAGCCAGAGCAACAGCUGCAUGUUUUGUUUGUGUGCUUUAAUGAUUGUGUGCAGUUUAACAGAGCGCCGCAGGGAUCAUACUGUGUGGGAAUUAGUUAAACCAACACAGUGAAAAAUCUCUUGUAAGAGUUUGCGCUGAGGUUAAGCAUGAUUAUGGUGUCAGUGUUGACACACAUUUAAAGAGGGUGUCUGUAACUCUCAUAUAUUCGUAAGUUUAGCUGUCAGACCAAUAUGGAGAAAAGCUUUGAAAUAUACGGUUGACCUCCGGGAAAGGAUUAGGAUCCCAGAGUAGGGUUUGGAGUUUGAAAUCCCUGCUGAUGUAAAGGCAAACCAUUCAAACAAGAUUUCCAAUCAGCUGUAGUUCAAAACCUCUAAGUUUCUAAAAGUUGUUUUAAAAAAAAAAACUGAAGCAGCCUCAAUGCAUCUUUUAGUAAGGGUCAUUAGUUCAGCAAAAAGGUGGCUUACUCCCUAGCUGCUAAAUAUAAAUGUGUGCUUGCAAGUAUUUCCAUAUAAAUAUACUGUAUGUCUAUGUUUUUGCACAGAAGCCUUCAUGGGGACCAGUCUUGGGCAGUGUAGAGCUGCUCCGGCAAGGUGGACCUGUCCCCACACAGAUACUAAACCCGCUCAAAGUGCCGGCAUAAAAUCUACGAGACAUAUUUAAGCCAAGGAAACCUUUUAAGGUCUGAUUGCUCAUCCUAUGUUCAAAACGUAUCACAUCAAUUACAGUAACCUCUGAAAUAUUGUCUUCUACUAAAUUUCUUGUAUUAUUUGUAUGUUAAACUUUUACAGCGUAGCACAAGGAAGGGUGGGCAUGCUGUGUCCCUAGCCCGUCUUCAAAAUGCCUGGCAAGAAAGACACCAAGAAGGACACAAAGAAAGGUGGGAAACCCGAACCAGAGAAGAAGAAAGAAGAGGAAAAGAAAGGCAAAGAUGACAAGAAGGGGGGAAAAGAAGACAAGAAAGCCGGCAAGGAUGAUAAGAAAGGUGGAAAAGAUGAUAAGAAAGGUGGGAAGGAUGACAAGAAAGGAGGGAAGAAAGGAAAGGAGGAGCCAUCUAAGGGCAAAGAUGAUGGGAAAAAGGGAAAAGACAAGGGAAAAGGUAAGAAAGUGGAGUCUGAGGAGGAAGAGGAAGAGCUUUUGAGUGAUGAGGAAGAGGAGGAAUUCAGUGAAGAGGAUGAAGAUGAGGAUGACAGAAGAGGAAAGGGGCGAGGUGGAAAGGCGGCCAAGGGCAAGAAAGGAGGGAAGUCUAAACGUGGAGAAUACUCUGAUGAAGAUGAAGAGGAGGAGGAAGAAGAAGAGGAGGAGGAUGAUGAGUAUGAUGAGGAUUAUGGAAGAUCCAAAAAGAAAGGAAAAGACCCUAAAGGGGGGAAAUCUGAUGCAGAUGCAAAGAAAAAGAAAGCAAAAAGGAAGGAGGAAGCCCUGCAGCUUCCAGUUAGAGAUAUCCCAAGGAAAGGUCUGAAGAACAUGUCCCGAAUGUUCAUGAAGUUUUCUGGCUUCAAGAGGCGGAGAAACAGCAGGAAGAAACUAAAAAGUACAUCACGUCUGUUUCUGGGGCUGGGGAAGAGAAAGUUCCGUCUUGCUAAGAAGAAACGUCGCAAGUCCAUGCUAAAGAACACCUCCCGAUUCAUGAUGAGAUUCAAGGCCAGUAAGAAGAGAAAAAAGGAAAAAGAGGCCAAAGAGAGAGCAGCAAAUGGUGGGAAAAAGCCUACCUACAUGCUUCUACGUAUUGGAGGUGGGAGCAGCUCAAAUGAGAAGAAAGGAGGUUUCUUCAAAGGCUUGUUCAAGAAAAAAGCUGGUGAUGGGCCUGCUGACGACUUCAAAAACAGAAGUGCAUUGCUGGGGAAGGUGGCAGCUGCAACCAACUGGCUGACCAAGCGCUUCCUGUCCACCAAAAUGCAAGGAAAUGCAGGGCGUCAUGGCUGGGGUGGGCAUAGGGCUGGUCAGAGGCAGGGUAGCUCUAGAGGUCAUCCCCAUGGUUACUACAACAAUGGUUACGAACACGAAGAGGAUGCUUAUGGAUACGAUCAGGGACAUUCAUUCCAACAGAAAGGUUAUGGAGGUUACGUUGAUGGUUAUGGAGACUAUGUAGAUGACCCAAAUGCAGCAUACGGAGGCCAGGGUCAGUUUGGGUACUAUGAUGACGGGGCAGGAGGUGCUGAAUAUCAAGACCUCGGAUACUAUGAGGAGGAAAGACUUUAUGAUCCAAACUCAGAAUACUACCAAACUGGUCUUUAUGAUGAAGGCAUAGGGGACUACUAUGACCCAUACUCCCCUGCCCAAGGGUACUUGAACAACCAGGAAGUGGAUUACUAUGGUUACCAGCAGGAUCAGGGUCUAGACUACUAUGCACUCAUGGGUGAGGACCAUAUGUAUGCAGGAGAGGAAGAGGGAUACUUUGAUCCUCAGGUUCAAGCUUACUAUGACGCAAAUGGCCAGGGUCUUUACUAUAAUGAUCAAGCAGGUUAUUAUGAAGGAGGACAGGCAGGUUAUUACGAGAACCCUUACGCAGCAGCUGUUGGAAUGCAAGGUGGAUUUCCACCAGACUAUCAACUCAGCUAUAGUGAUGCUGGUAUGCCUUACCAAGAUUUCAGCUCCCAACAGGCUGUUGGAAUCCCACAAGGCCAACAAGUCUUUGGAUAUGGGGGUCAAGGGAUUGACCAGGUACAGGGCAUGUAUGGAGAUCAGAUUGCAGAGCAGUUGGAUCAAUAUGGGGAUGAUACAGGUGGAGUUCAAGGAGGGGAGAUGACAUUUAGAGUGCCUAGACCUCAAGUGCGUCUAUUUGGGAAAGAGCGUCUAGAUGUCCCCCUGCAUCCUCCGCCAACUUUGCCACCUGAUCCGGAAUUUGAAAGCAUGUCUGAAAUCCAGUAUGAAGACCAGGUUCUUCUUGCUCCAGGUCAACCUGGGGACACAAUGUCAUUACAUCAACAAAUGGGAAUGUCACCACAACAACAAAUGAUGUUUCCUCAAGAACAAAUGAUGAUGUCUUCUCAACAGCAAGUCAUGAUGGCCCCUCAUGAGCAAAUGAUGAUGCCUCCACUGGUCAUGUCACCACAGCAACAGAUGAUGUCACCACAGCAACAGAUGAUGUCACCACAGCAACAGAUGAUGUCACCGCAGCAACAGAUGAUGUUACACCCAGAACAGAGUAUGUCCCCCCAAAUGAUGCCACUCCAGACUCAGUCCCCACAACAACAAAUGAUGCUACCACAGCAACAGAUGAUGCCCCAGCCUAUGAUGUCGCCACAGCAACAGAUGAUGCCCCAGCCCAUGAUGUCACCACAGCAACAGAUGAUGCCCCAGCCCAUGAUGUCACCACAGCAACAGAUGAUGCCCCAGCAAAUGAUGUCACCACAAGAGCAGAUGAUGAUGGCACAGCUACAGCCAGCAUCAUCACAAAUGAUGUCACCACAGGUAAUUCUAGCUCUGUGGUGUCAUUGAACUUGCAUGACCUACAUGUCUCUGUAGAGGUAGUUGGUCAUGGAAGGACAGCUCUACUAACUUUCAGUCUCACUGAAAGAUAGUCGAGCUAACUGUACUAGUACAGAGUUACUAACUGCACUAACUGUCCACAAUCAACACAUUACUAUCUUCAGUCAAAGUAAAUAAGACCAGGUUGAUCUUUUAUACUCGUAUACUUGUAUUCAUGUCUUUUUGGGCAGAACUUUCCCAGGUCUAAGAUCGAGAUUUCCCAGGUUUAAGGUUUAUCAAAGAUCAACUCUAAAAGCCUUACUUUUUUUGAUUAGUUUUUACAAGUGUUCUGCAGACUCCAGUGGAGUCUGGAAUUAAUUUGGAGUACACAAGGAUUCAAAACUAGAAAUGUAUUCAUAUAGAGUUACAUUUGGGCAACAGAAAUGUAGGCUAUGUGUAUGGCUAUGGUCAUAGGGAUGGUGACCACAACAAAAAAAGGCACAUUAUAUUUAUUGUUGAUAGCACAUACAACACCUUAAUGGAUCAAAGGGCCAAUGGUGGCGGACGGCUCCUCCGUCUUCGCUGCAGGACAGAGAGAUUCAGAAGAUCUUUUGUACCCACAGCCAUCAGACUUUACAACUCUUCUGUAAAUAGUAGAUAACUUUUAGAGACAUGACGAAUGAGACGACAGACAAUUAAAUUUACCUUCAGGGAUCAAUAAAGUCCUUUUUAUUAUUCUCAAUCUUAAAAUUCAGAAGUGGACAUACAGGUUUAAAGACUUAAUCUGGAGUAGGGUUAACACUUUACAUCUUAAGUCACCACUUCAACAUGAACCCAGUUUUAGCAGUGUUUCUCAUCUCGAAUAAACCCUUAGAUAUUAACUCUCAGUUAAUCCACUUGUUUCUGUUGUUUUGUUGGCAGCAAAUGAUGACAGACCCAAUGAUGAUGACACAGCAAGAGGGUUACAGCCCAGUAUCAAUACCUACCCCAACAGCCAUGAUUAUUAAACAAGCAGGUAUGUCCCCCCUUGCUGGGCGGCGCAUGCCGCCCUCCCCAGCCCUGUCUCGCCGUUCUGUCAUGAUGGCCUCCCCACAGAUGCAGCGCCAUCCCUCUGCUGUUCCCUCCCCAUUGCCAUCUCCGAUGCUUCCUCAGAGGCGUAUCCCCUCCCCACAACCGUCCAUAAGGAGUGGGUUUGUAAAUGCUCAAAGACCCCCGUCUGUUAUGUCAAGACGGAUCUCACCUUCUCCCUCUCCCAUGGCCUCACCCCUUGCCCAUCCAAGAAUGCCGCCUCAGAGAUCACCUUCCCAACUUUCCAGAAGACCCUCACCCCCUCACUCUCCUCGUGUCUCCAUGAUUAGACGAAGUCCUCCACCCUCACCAAGAGCUUCAAUGAGACAGCGUUCUCCGCCUCCUUCACCCCGUGCAUCAAUGAUGAGGCGAAGUCCACCACCCUCACCUGUUCCAGCCCGUAGCCCACUAGGUUUAAGAAAGAUGCCAGGGCCAACCUCCCCUCCCCUCUCGCCUGGUCAUGCGUCCCCUCGUCUCUCCCCAAAGCUUAGUAGAAGACCAUCUCCCUCUCCCUCCUUAUCUCAUCGCACUGUAUCCCCUGCAGGACCUCCAUCCUCUCCCACUCUCUCUCGACGCUCAACUCGGUUGCUCAGGGACCCCACACCAUUAGCCCGGCCUAGGAUGGGGGGAAAUGUUCCUUUAGGUACUGUCAGACCCUCACCUAUGGGUUUAAGAGGGAGGCCAGUUCCCCCUCCCACCCAGAAUGUGCGCCCAUUUCGUGCCUCCUCCAUUCGAAGCAAUAGAUCUUCUGUUCUCACCGUGGACUCCUCCCUCCUCUCCUCCCCUUUCCACUCCCCACAUGCUGUCCACCGUGUUCCACUUGGUAGGAGGGAAUCUGGCCGGUUUCCUCCUCGCCCCAUGGCCCGGGGUCGGCCUUUAAUGGCACGGCAGUCUAUUAGAAGGAUGCCUCCCGCUUCUCCACAGCCCUCCCUAAAACACAUGUCACAUCCUGCAUCCCCACACUUUUCCCCUCGACUUUCUCGUCAGUCUUCCCCUCUUCUGUCACCUCGAGUUGCCCAUUCACCCACCUAUGCACCAGAGACAUUUGCAGAUCCUUACACAAACCAGCCUCAGCAGUUUAUGCCCCCCUCCUCUCCCAUGUUAUCUGGUGCUUUGCAGAACCAGGUUAUUCGACAGGCCUCCUUCACUUCCCCUCUUGGCCCACAGCCAGCUCAGGUGGUUGGAAUGGGUGAGAUGGGUGGAGAAUACGGAGUGCCGUAUGCACCCUCAUCACCAUUGCUUUCUGGUGCAAUGCAAAACCAGGCAAUUAGAGAUGCGUCAUAUGUUUCCCCUUUGCAAAGACCAGUGUCUCCUUAUGAGCAGCCCAUGGUAUCUCCCAUGCUGUCUGAAGCUCUGCAAAAUCAAGCAAUACAAGGUGCAUCUUAUGUUUCUUCACUGCAAAGACCAAUGUCCCCCUAUGAACAGCCAGUACCCCCUUCCUCCCCAAUGCUGUCUGGAGCUCUGCAAAACCAGGCAGUUAGAGAAGCCUCCUACGUGUCUCCUUUUCAAAGUCCUCAGUCCCCAUAUGCCGCAUCUGUGCCCUCAACGCCAAUGCUUCCCAGAGCCAUGAGACACGGCCAGGCCUUGAGAGGUGUUGCUUCUUAUCAGACUCCAACACUCCGUUCACCAUAUGGACCAACUGUUGUUACACCAUAUGAUUAUAUUUCUGAGCCUGGGCCAGCCCCACUGCUUCACGAUGCUCUACAGAACCGAGCUGGACUGCACAAUGUCUCACAUUUAAGAUCCCCUUUGAUGGGACGUCAUAAUCCCUAUGCGCCGGCUGGGCCUCAGCUUCACCAUGCUCUUCAGCAGAACCCAAGUCUCCGCCAAGCAUCUUAUCAGACACCUAUGCAGCUCAGACGGUCCCCAUAUGGACCUGUGCCACCCUCUUCACCAAUGUUGGGAAGUGCCCUGCAAAAUCCACAGUUGAUGCAAGCAUCAUACCGGCUGCCGGAUGGAACCUUGGUGUCACCAUAUGCACAAACGCCUUCUUCCCCAUUGCUCGGCCAUGCGUUGCAAAACCAACAAGUCCGUGGGGCCUCUUACACUUUGCCUGAUGGAUCGGUUAUCAGAGUAGGUACAAAAUCAUCAUUUCAAGAGAACUGUUUAAGCUGACAUACCUGUUCAUCAUGUAGAACUGUUGUUUCUACACAGGACCCCCGUGUGCCCCAGAAACCCAUGUCUCCUAACCUCUCCAAAGCUCUACAGAACCAGGAUCUCAGGAGUGCCACAUACACCCUCCCUGACGGCACCAUUGUAGACCCAAGACAACAAGUAACCAAAGAACGAUCUUUCACUUGAAUUGACCCAAUUUUCCCCUCCGCUGUUGUCUUUUACUGUAUCUUAGCUGAUGAGUUUUUCCCCUCUACUGUCUCUGUUUCUUAAGCAACCCAUUUCUCCAAACCUGGCCAAGGCUCUCAACAAUCCCGCCCUACGCGAAGCCUCCUAUUCUCUGCCUGAUGGGACCAUCGUGAUUGACUCCAAGAAACCAAAGUCCCCAAACCUUUCAGCAGCACUUCAGAACCCUUACCUGAAGAGUGCAUCUUACACACUUCCAGAUGGUACUAUCAUCAUCGAUCCCCGGAAACCUGUCUCUCCUAACCUGUCCAGCGCCCUCCAAAACUCUGCUCUGCGUAACGCCUCCUUUAUGCUACCAGAGGGGGUUCAAGAUCCCAAUACACCAAUUUCGCCUAACCUGGCUAAGGUGAGCUGUUAACGCUGAACUCUUAAACCAACAGAUCUGAUUUUCUCGUUCACCCUUCAGGCUUUUGUGGCGACAUUGUUUUGCAUGUUAGCCACAUUCAGUCUAAAUUCUAACAGGCUACUCAGCGCUUUCAAUGCUUGUGCCAUAAGUCAGUCACAGUGAAUUGGACAGCAUUGACAUAUAUUUAGUUUGUAGUGAUUGAAAAAGGGCUUGGACUUGAUUAAAAAAUUUAAUCAAAUAAAUCAGAGGCUUUGUAAUUAAUCAAUCGCAAUUAAUCACAUAUAAAUAUUUGACCUGAGAACAGUGAGAAUAUUUUUUUUUUUAAAUGGUAUACUAGUGAAUCAAUGAGUAGUGAGCUGAAUGAAUACAUGUAUGUUGUAUUAAGAACCCUUGCAUCCCUAUUCCUGUUAUUAUUGAACUGCACUAAUUGAAUUUUAAGGCUUACCUGAACUUUAACCACCUGCUGUUUAUCUUAGGCUCUCAGCAACCCUGCCUUGAGAGGCGCCUCGUACACCCUUCCAGAUGGAACUAUAAUAGUAGACCCAAGGAAGCCAAAAAGCCCCACACUGACCGCUGCCCUGCAGAAUCCCUAUCUAAAGGGGGUUUCCUACACACUACCAGAUGGAACCAUCAUCAUCGACCCUCGAAAACCGACUGCCCCUGACCUGUCUAAGGUAUGCGCCUUUAAAUCUACCUCAAUUUAUGAUUGUUGCAUUACAGUACCACCUCAGUAUAGCAUCACGCACAUCAAAUUAUAGAUUGUUGUGGUAGAUUUAUAACCUCCUGGUGUCUUUUUCUGCAGGCUCUUGCAAAUGAGAACCUUCGUAAUGCAUCAUACCAGCUCCCCGAUGGUUCCCUGGUUAUCCCCGGUCAGAAGCCAACCAGUCCUAACCUGGCUGCCGCCUUGAGGCAAAACCAGGCGAUGCGGUCUGCAGGCCUCUUUAAUCUGUCACAGAACUCAGUGCUGUCUGGUGCCCCCAAACCCUCGCCUCCUAACAUUACCCGUGCGCUGAAGAAUGAGGACCUCCAGGGUGCCCAUUUCAGGUAGGAAAGUGCUCUAUUAAUGGAAAGUAGGCCAGGGGAUGACCUUAAAGGCUUGUGCAGGUGUGGCACAAGAUUACCUCUCGAGAAAUCAAGCUGCAAGCCAGGCAUUAACUUUUUACCAAGGGGGAAUGAAACAAAGUCCUGUCUGAGCAGAAAGUUCCAUUAACUACCGGAGCUGGAGUCUUUGCUUUGGAAAAACUGACCGAGAGCUGAAAGUCUACUUUUGAAGACUAUUGAUGUUUCUAUCCUCCCUGAAAACUCUGAUCUUUGGAUGUAUUGAAUAAUUAUAAGACAUCCAUCUGAGGAAUUGGAGAAUAACAUUUCUAGUGCUGCAUGUUUCAUUGUUAGAUUGGAUUUAAUGUGAAUAAUUUUGGCCCACACUGUCUUUCCUCAUCUCAGUAUAGGACUUUUAAAAUUAAACCUGCACAGACACCAAAAUUCAAUUUUAGUCUGCCAACCAGCUGCUGAAUCUGAAGCAUUAAAGACAAUGUGAUUUGUCUGUCAGUGUUAUACAAACCUGUACUACAUGCCUCUAAUUGUGCUCUUUUUGCUGUUUCACAGGCUUCCUGAUGGUUCUCUCCUCAUGCGCAGUUUCAACAACCCCAGCCUGUCUGAUGCCAUCCAAAACCAGCAUCUUCGCUAUGCCUCCUACAGGGUGCCAAUGGGCCUGCAGGGUGAGGAUAAUCGCUACGCUGUGGUUCCGCCCUACGGGCCGCGCUCAGGACACUGGGCCAGGAAUGCCCGAGGUGGGGGAGAGGGAGGGGAAGAUGUUUGGGCGGCGGAGAGGGUUUUACCGCACGGGACGAUUCAGAACCUGUCAAAGUGGUCGAUGUACAGAGAGGACGGGGUGCUAGAGGGAUAUUCACCUACACUUCGAGGUGUGGAUGGACAGUUUCAGGAUGUGGACUGGACUCCAGAGAGGGAGAGAGUGCCCGGUCAAAGCUGGUAUGAUAAGGUAGAAACAUCCAUGUGUUUUUCAGAUGUUUUUGAAAAGAUCGCCACAAUAGAAACGAACAACAUAGAAGCUCCACUGCUCACAAAAUCAGUUUCCAGUACAUUGUGUUUCUGCAUGUUUUAAUCAGCUGUGGGUCAAGUUAUGACGAGCCCUGACAUUGUUGCGUGACACUGUUGGACUAAUUACAAGCCGUUAUUUGUCUUUGUGUGUUUGUGUGUGUUCAGAUCUACUCUAUCCUUAGCAUGCCCACAGCAGGCCACAGGGUGAAGAACUGGGCAGAGGGGAUGGAGGACAUGACACAGCUGCCGUAAGCACGAUCCAGAUUAACAAACAGCCCGACAGCUCGUUCACUCAUGCACACUCGGAUAAACAUUUUGUCGAGCUGGAUAUCAAUUUGAUUGAAAAAGAUUUUACAUUGUUUGUGUCUGGUUGAAUUUUCCAUCGUAUCUUUCUGCCUUCGAGAAAUCUGCUCCGAUUUGACACCAAAUAUUUUCACAUCCAGAAUGAAAUGUCACUGAGAAGUAAUUAAAAUUAGACGCCAUGUUAAAGUGACAAUAUGCGCUCUGUACAUUAAUCUCCUGUGUUUAAUUUCAGUGAGCUGAAUGAGACCACAGUUCUGAUGAACCUGAAGAAGCGCUAUGAUCAGGAACUUGUAUAUGUAUGACUCAUUUCAAAUAUGUAAAUUCAAUAACUCAUAUCUUCAAAUGUCACGGUCGCUCCCCGCUCAUCUUCUACUUAUCUUUGUUUUGGUUCCUCUCCUCAGACCUACAUCGGCAGCAUCCUGGUGUCUGUCAAUCCGUACAAGCUGCUGAACAUUUACGGCACAGACAUGGUGCUUCAGUACGGGGGCCACGGCCUGGGCGACAACCCUCCGUAAGACCCACGAGCGUGUGUGUGUGUCUGUGUGUGUGUCUGUGUGUGUGUUAAUGUUUUAACUCCACAUUAAGUGCAUGAGCUACGAACCACCAGCUGGCUUUUUAGUCUUUUAGUUCGUCCACGUGUUGGAAAGCAGGACAUCUCCAUUUUCUUGAAUAUGUUCUGACGCUGAUGGAAAGUUGAGCAAUUAUUCAAAGAAAAAAUCAGUUUCUUUUAACUCAGAAAACGCAGGUUUUAAAUAACUUGAAUUAUGAAGAACAGAGUCCAUCAGAGUUGGAACAGUGUGGACGAUGCUGAAGAAAACCAGAAUAUGAUGAUUAAAGCCUGUGUUUGAUAAGAAAUGGUGUCAAGACAACAAAUCAAAGGUUGAAACUGAAAAAAGUUCUUGUUUCUGAUUUCAAAUUUGAUGCCAGAAACAACUUUCCAAACAGUUAGGUCAGGAACGUGUUACAGGAACAUCUCCCUGCAGCAGUUUAGUAACAGUACUGGGCUUUAAAAGGACUCUGGAGAGGCUGAGGCUCGCAGAACUUAAGGUUGGAAGAGAUUCACUUUUUUGUGAGGGACUGAGAAUAUUCCUGAGCACUAGAUUUGUGGAUUUCAUCAUCUACAGGAUUUAAUAUCAUAAAAAAAUUCAAAUAGUCUGGAGAAAUCUUGAUCUGAUUUAGACUUUUACAUCUGUAGAAAGUUUCAUGACCUGAAAGUGAACCUUUGGCUGGACUCCAGAAUUAUUUCGAACUCAUCCAACACUUUUUUUAGGAAGGCAAACUCAUGCAGAGAUUUCCUCAGCGCUGCAGGAGGCAGGAGUGCCGAUGUGUUCUGAAAUGUCCGUCAGAAUGUUCUGUGUCCAAAACAACCUGAGGAGAAAAGGACACGUAUCAGACACACAGCUGGGGGCCGCCGCCGCCACCGCCCACAAAACCUUCUACAGACGAAGAAGUCUAAGUCAGAUCAAACUGUCGUUAUCCAUUUAUCCCAUUUUCAUUUUAGCUGAAAAAAACUGAAAACACCUGUCUUUAAACCGUUUCAAUAAAAUAAAGGCUUUAAAUGAGUCACAAACCACCGAAUUCUGUUUUACCAACAACAGGGUCUGGUAACUAGUGGGAUUAGAGUAGUAAAGUACAUCCGUUUUUACUAUUUUCAUUGAACACUUAGUGAAAUGAAAUCAUCGUAUAACCAUUUACUUCUUCCUCUUUUUGUCAGGAAGUAUUUGGCUGUACCCCGUUGUACACCCUUUCUUUGAGCGAACGAUUUUUUUGUUGUUUUUCUUCAUUUCUCUUCGUUUUGGACCGUGUACCUGACGGAGUAAACUCUUUAACCUUUAACUGUAACAGCUACUCUGUGGUUCUGUCGGACUACAUCUGUCACAUCCUGUGCUGUUAGAUACAGUUUAGUCUGAAAAAAGGUGUAAAUGUCAGCACUCUCAGGUGUUCCUGAGAGGCUCCUGUUACUCUGCUGUUGGUUGGUUGCCAAGGGAGAGUUUGGUUAUGGAUUUCACCACCGCUUUACACUCACAGUGACUCACACACGCACGCACGCUCACACGCACACACACAACAGAUGAGCCGUUCAGUGUGAUCAUAAAACGUCUUUCUUUUUGUUGCAGUCACCUUUUUGCCAUUGCUAAUCUCUCAUACACUACCAUGAUGGAUGCCAAAAAGGAUCAGUGUAUUGUAAUCAGGUAUGGAGGAUACUGUUACAGUCUUUUUACUUCACUGCAGCGUCCUGAAUUUAAAGUUUGUUAAUUAGCAACACCGCUUUAAUUAGUUUGAAUACACCGAAACACACCUUUCAUUUAUUUAUCUGUUUAUUUUCUAUCUGUACUAAAUUAAAAUCUAAUUCAAAAUAAAAAUAUGAGUAAGUGCCCAAGUACAGAGGAGGAUUAGGGCCACUGAAAAAAAGAAAAGCUCCUCAGAAAAAAAAUAUGAGGAAAAAAACCCCCAAAAAAGCCUUUUUUUAAAAAAUGUUUUCCUUCUUUGUCUUUUUUCUUUAUUUUUCUAUUUUUUCUCAGAAUAAUAAUAAAAAAUAUAUAUUGGAAUUUUUAUUUUUCAUCCAGUGGCCCUAAUCCUCUUCUGUACAUAAGACAAACUUUUAUGUUUGUUUGUUUCCACAGUGGAGAAAGUGGGUCCGGAAAGACAGAGGCGACAAAGCUGAUCCUGCGUUACCUGACAGCCAUACAUCACAAGAGUAACAUCACACAGCAGGUAGAGCUGCUGUAAAUACACAUUUACACAAACAUGUUCUGCUUCAGUCAUUAAAGACAAUGCUGUAAUUUCUUUCCUUUAUUCAUCCCCUUUUCCCCGCCAUCUUUUCCACCAGAUAGAGGUAAGUCGCUGCUGCUGCUGCUUCGUCAUCAUAUUUUAAUUGGAGAACCACUUGUUGAAGGUUACCAUGGUAACAUUUCUGCCCUUGGUUAGAUCUUAGAGGCCACGCCCCUGCUGGAAUCCUUUGGAAAUGCCAAAACAGUGCGCAACGACAACUCUUCCCGUUUUGGCAAAUAUACUCAGAUCUUCAUGGAGAGGUGAGUAAACGCAGCUAACACACGUACCUACUUUUCUGUUUUAGAAAACCGUAUUUUAUAACUGUGGUAAUAUAGUCUGUUAACAUAAAUAAUUUUCCAUACUUUAUUUUUCAUUUACCAUACGUUUUAAGACCUGGAAACUGAUCAAAUUAUUUUCAUAGGAACCCUGUCAGUAACAGGAACUCAGUUUAUCAGAUAGGCUGAAAGUCAUAUUGGUGACUUUUAUGAUAUACAAAGGCAGAAAAAACAGCAUUGAUUGUUUUUAACUUAAAAAUUUUUCAACUUUGAUUAGUUACAGAAAACGACAAAAGUCAGCAGGGUGAGAUUUUUUUUUCUCUGAAGACACUGCUGAAGCAAACUGAGGACAUGAUAAUGGGAUUUUAUCCAGUUGAAUCAAAAACGAAUAAAGAAAAAUAGGCAAAGACAGUUUUGUCCACAGGAGGCGCCAAACGCACACAAACUGAAACGUCUUCACAGGAUCUUUGAGCUCUUUGCUACAGAGUCUGGGAGGUGACAUUUACUUUUUUUUUGUAAUUCGCACGUCCGAUUUAGUAUCUUGCACUUGCAUUAUAAUAUAUCGUACAUGCGUUUUAAUGCUUAUCUUGCAUGCGUUUUUGAAAAUAAUCCUCUGUGUGCCUCGUUUGUGAGAGAAGAAGGACAGCGUCAUGGACAGAGAGCUUAUUAUCUACAUUUUCUGUCAUUUAGGUAUGACUCACAAAGAGAAUCUUUAUAGCUCAGCUACAUUUGGAGACACCUCAUCAGGAUCCUUAAAGCACAGCGGCUUUGCCGUCGGAGAUAUUCUAAUUUGCAGGAAGUGAUUUUGUUUAUUAACAAACAGUUAAAUCGCCCCUGCGAUAUAAUAAAACACUUAAAAAAAAAGUUAAUGUCACCUCCUGGACUCUGUACUUUACCUUGAUUGGAGGAAUUAGAAAUGGUGUUAUCCUGAUACUUUGUCAUGUUGCUGCUGUACCACAGAGAUUCAGGCUCAGUUCUGUCAGGCCUGGUUUCACUGUUUGUGAGUUUCUGCUUUUCAUGGCACCAUUUUUUCCACCUAGAUCACAAUGUGAUUUUGCUCCGUGUCAAACAUUUGACUCAUUGGGACUCACUGACUUCUCUAAAAAUAGACUUUUUAAACAUUUUGUAAACGAAGAAAUGAGCAUGUUGAGUUUUUUUUAACCUCAUGAUACCGAGCUUGUCUUGACUGUUGCUAUGGGUUACUGCAUGUCAUGGGUGCAGACUGGUUGCGUUUUCUUUAGGAUGAACAUGAGCCCUUGUAAAGCAGAGAAGCAGCUUGUACAAGCUUGACUCUGAAAAGGGCUUCUUGUCAAACAUGUGCAGAGGUGCAAACACACACACACACACACACUCACAGAAGCUAACACACACACACACACACACACACACAAAGAUGAUGGGCUUAGUAUAGGAGAUGCUCGCAUGUCCCAGUAACACAGAUGGAUGAGCAGUUGAUCUUCCGCUAGAGCUGUGACAGAGAAGAUCACAGGACAUUACACAUGCAUGACCUGUUACUUAACUCGGACUUACUCACUCAGUGUGCAUUCAUGAGUGUUCCUGUCUGUCUCUCUGUCUGUCUUUAUACAAGGGGUGUUAUUAGUGGUGCCAUAACGUCUCAGUACCUUCUGGAGAAGUCUCGCAUUGUCUUUCAGGUGAACAUCACGCACACACACACACAUAAACACACACACGUAAACACACUUCAGGUCAGGCGGAGUCUCUUUACCGCUGAGUCAUGGUGAGAAACUGGAGAUCACAGGGUCAGAGUGCAUAAGAGGUGUCAAACAUGUUGACCUGAAUCGUUAUACAGUCCAUCUGUUCAUCGUUCAUUCAUUCAUUCAUACAGUCAAAAUGUGUCUCUUCUCAACAUGUUUGUGUGUUUGCAUCCACAGGCCAAAUCAGAGAGGAACUACCACAUCUUCUAUGAGAUGCUGGCAGGUCUUCCUCCUCAUGAGAAGAGCUCGCUGUAUCUGCAGGAGGCUGAGACUUACUACUAUCUGAAUCAGGUGCUGAGAGAACAGAAAUGAAACAACACUCCCCCUUCCUCCUCACACCUCGGACACAAAGCAGAGAUAGGGAGUGGUCACUGUAAUCCAUUCUAGAGUCACAUUAACAAAUUACACGUCCAUUUUGGGGAAAUGUGACAUUUAUUGUUCAAGGUGAUUAAUGACACAAACUGAAGACUCGAUGCAGCACCCAAGUCCAGAGUGAGGGACCUUUGCAGUCCAGAUUCUCUGUUCCUCAACAUGAAGUGAUGAAUGUAGUUUGUUGGUGUAUAACUUUUGGCUUCACUGAUCGAUGAUAUAACUCGGACAUUGCUCUUCUGCUGUAGGUGCAAAUAAUUCUGUGUGUGACCCUCCAAACAAAGCACUAGGGCUGGGCGAUAUGGCCUCAAAUCAAUAUCAUGAUAUAUUGAGCAGUUCAGUUCCUGAAAAAUGAUGAUACACUGAGGAAAACCUCGCCCAACCCAGAGCUGAUUAAAGACUCUUAAACUCGGUGUAAGUGGAGCGGAGUUUCUGGUAUAGACUGUAUAUAGAAGAGACGCCGUCUGCCUCCUCGCUGGGUGAAGCCACUGUGAGAACAGCACCCUCUGGUGACAGGCUGCAGUAUAGGUCAUAAAUCCCGCCUCCUCCAGCAAUCCCUAUGGAGCUGUGGACAAACUUUAUAAAUCAGUGACACACAAUAUAAAUGUUUCUCCCCCCUGGUUGCGAUGUUGACAUGUAGUUACUGUCAGACUGGUUUGUGCUCAAUUCCUAUUUUUUCUGUACAGCUCCAUUUUUAAAAGUUAUUCCGGGGUUCAUGUUUUCUAUGAUUGACACCUGAUACAGCCUAUGGAGAGUCAGUCAGUGUGUUUACAUCGGACUUCUCUCCUCGUCCUCGUUUACAUGCAGCUGAGGAAAUCAAAUUAUUGACGUGAACGUGUCCUCCUCCCCAAAACUAGGGGGCGAUAUGGGUCUUUUCAGCGUCUCUGUUUCUGACCCCAUACAACCGUCAACAACAACAGCAGGUCGGUGUCAGACGUCAAAAGUGUCUACAACUGCUGCUGGGCAUUUUGGAGAAACAAGAAGAUGGAGCAUCGUACAGCGUUGUUUUUGUCCGACAUGAUGGACGCGCUACUUUUUCUAAAGAGGAGACCAACGCUACUCCUCUACUCUGGUGUUUUUGUUCUCGAGUUACGGGGGCGUGGUCCGAUCAAGCUCAGACGACGCUGGUUACAUGGUAGAAAAAAUCGAAUUCCAAUCGCAUAAUCUGGGUGUCUUAAUCGGAGAUCUCGAACUCUGAUUAUAGUCUGACUAAGGUGUUUACAUGACCUUCAGUUGUCCGGUCUUAAUCGGAAUAAGGCGAUAAUUCGGUUUUCUUGAGUGUCAUGGAAACAUACUGACUGUUUGAGUCGAGCGUCAUCGCAGGGACUCUCCGUACAACGCUACUGCGCAAGUGGAGAUCACCCGGAAAUACCGAGAGAAAUUCGGCUACAAAUUCGUAUAAUGACGGAAGGCGGAGCCAAGUUGUCCGUAGUAUUUACAGUCCAUGGUUUGCGGUUACUCCUGCUAACACUUGUAACUUUACUUUGAAACACCGCCGUAACACCAGGCUGUAAAAACCGUCUUUCACCGCCCUCUCUGGUUAAAAGUGUGAGCAGAAGUGAGCAUUGGUAAACCCUCUCAGCGCAUGAUAGAUACGUCAACAUGGAGAUCCCUGAUUGAACCAUGUGUUGUUUAUAACUGUGUUUGUACAUGAGUGCAGGGAGGGGACUGUACCAUAGAAGGCAAGGAUGAUGGGGAGGACUUCAGACGUCUACUGAGUGCCAUGGACGCCUUGUGUUUUACUCCAGAGGAGCUGAACGGUAUCUACAGGCUGCUGUCUUCUGUCCUCCAUCUGGGAAACGUCUUCUUCCAGCCACACCAGGUCACACACACACACACACACACUCACAGAGUAAUAGGCUGCAUAAAUGCAUUUAGUUUCACGGCUGAAUGGUAAUGAUGAAGCUGAUAGAUGAUGGUAAUAAUGAGUGUGCGUGCCUCCGUGUUUGCAUGCGUACGUCCCCUGCAGGCUGAGGGUCAGGAGGUCGCGUCUGUGGUGAGCGCUCAGGAGCUCCGAGUGGUCGCAGAGCUGCUGCAGGUCUCACCUGAUGGCCUGCAGAAGUCUGUCACCUUCAAAAUGACUGUGAGAGAAACACACCUCUUCAUAAACACACUCACGCACACACACACACUAAUGAAGACAGUCAUGAUAUCAUAUCAAUUAAGAGAUGAUAUCAGAUGACAGAUGUGUCCACACCCCGCAGGAGGCAGGAAGAGAGAAGAUCCUCACCCCGCUCACAGUGGAGAGUGCUGUGGAUGCCAGGUGAGUCAGUGAGUCAAAGUCUGAAUAUAGUAUCUGCUGAAUUAAAUACUACGUGCCCACUUCUGCCUGGAAUAACCUGAAAUAAAAGCCUUUUCCAGGCUUUUUUUUUUUUAUGUCCUGGUUUUUUUCUUAAGUCGUAGCAGGAGGCGACUGAGAGGGGGUGAGCAGCCUUUGAUAUUCUUUCCCAAUCUUUAGCGGAGCCAUGUGAGGACAAAAGAUGUCAGGGCUUGGGGAGAGAUUUUUCAGAUGUCCUCUGUUUCCAUAGGAACCGGUUUUUCUGUUUCCAUAGAAACCUUAUUGUGUGUGUUUUCAUAGAGAUGCCGUUGCCAAGAUCCUGUACUCGCUGCUGUUUAGUUGGCUGACAGAGCGCAUCAACGGUCGGGUCUACCCUCGCAACGAAGCCCUCUCCAUCUCCAUAUUGGAUAUUUAUGGAUUUGAGGUCAAGUGAAAGAAUGAUUUCUCUGUGAGGUUUCAGCGUGAUGCAUCUGAGCUGACCCUCCAUCACUAACUCCCACACUCACUCCCCAAUGUCUCCUCCUCCUUUUAACCCUCCAGGAGCUCCAGGUGAACAGCUUUGAGCAGCUGUGCAUCAACUACGCCAAUGAAACGCUGCAGUUCUACUUUAACAGGGUCAUCUUCCAGGAGGAGCAGGUCAGGGCAGCUACGAGCUCAUGUUUCCUCUUCUUCCAUAUAUGGACUUAUGUGUGCAGCGCUCUAAAAUGUGUCCUAGUUCACAUCGUGUGUCGUAAUGAUGCUGCGUUUCAGUUACCUCGGAAGUCGGAGCGCGAGUUGAUGGCGCUCCAGUUAACAAGUCGAAAAACAUAGAUGGACGUCGCUGACUGUUAGCCGUUGUUUUCAAUUGUCAGUUGUUGUUAGUUGUUGUUAGCAAUACUAGCUGUAAACAAAACGUGUAACACAGUAUAUUACUCUACAAACAUCAUAGCACCGUGUUCACAGUUGUCGUCAAGUCGGGUUGGCGAGGAUUGUCAGACUUUCCGAUUCGAAAAUACGGCUUCAGGGGUGCAUUCCAGAUGAAUUUCCGACUCGGAGCUCGAUAUUCCGACUUCCAAGUACAACUAGGACACAAUAUAACUGUGUAAUCGUGUGUAGGGCUGCACGAUUAAUCAAUUUUAAAUCCUGAUCAGAUUCUUUGAUCAUUAUGAUGUUAAAAAAAUUUAAAUCCUCAAAUUGAUUUUCCUCUCUAUCAUGUCUCACGCCUCCAGGCCACCGUAGGCUCCUCCCCCCUCCUGUGGGAGCGCUCCCCAGUUCCCACACACCCAGUGUGAACAAACAUGGCGUUUGCUAAAGAAGGCGAUAAUUUCGUGGUUAAAUAGGACAAGAGCGAGUCAGUCGUGUUGAAUUGGUACGACUUCACAGUUUCAGAUGAAGAGUAAACCACUCCCCGCUGCAAAGUCUGUCUGAAGGCGGUAUCAACCCGUCACCAUGGAAACAAAUUCAGGAGGAAACACUAAAGGUUUUUGUCGUAUCGGCGUGUCAUCCACACAGAAACGGCGUUUCAGGUGACUGUAAACGGUACUUUUUGAAAACGGGUCAGAGAGUGAAUAAAUCUGUAAACGACGACCAUUUCAUCUCCGUGUGGAUGUCUAUCUGCAUCUCUGGAAACGAUCAUGUGACACACAGAGGAACUCUUUUAAGGCGCUAAAACAACCUUUAUACACAUGCUCUGUACUCUUCUUCUGUCUUUUGUGCAUUCACUGUGCAGCGUUACAGCGCCACUCACUGGCUUGGCAUAUCCACAACAUCGUUUUCAGUGGUUUGGUUUUGAGAGACGAUAGAAAAACUUUUUAUUAUUAAAGUUCGGUGAAGUUGUCACAGAACAUAAAAUCGAAAAUUAAGUUUUUUUAGGGAAAAAAAUCGUGAUUUUAUUUUUGGCCAAAUAAAAUCAAAUUGAAUUGGUGAAGGGUUUAUUUGAUAGAAGUGUAAUCCGCAAAAACAAGCAAAUUAAUGUUUAUAAUGUGAUAACUGAAAUGUUCGGAUGUCUCGUGUCUUCUGAGAAUAAUGUAAAUGUAAAGUUUAUCUGUGGUUUACAAGAGACGGUCAACACAACAAGCCUACGCCAAAAAAACAGAGGCAACAUAAAAAGAGGCCAGAGACGACGGCUUCAAUCUGGUUCAGUAUGGGUGAAGAACAUUUAACAUGGCAGGCCUGUCAGCUCCUUAGUGCAAAAAAAACAGACAGAGAGCAGCUAAAAUCAAACUCCCCCGAUGUUAUGAAACAGGCCUGAGUCUGUCAUUGAAACACAGAAGAUUUAUCGGGUUAACGUCAGCCUUCAACAGUCAUCUGAUUUCCUCAUCACCAUCUGUCCGUAUGAAUGUGAUAAACUGAGGAGGAAAAUGAAAGUAACCGGAUUUCUUCUGGGAGAUUUCUCAGCCUCAUACACCUGAUAAACAUUUUUAAGAUCAAAAUCAUUAAAUAUUGAAGCCUGAUUUUGUUUCAGUCAUGCUUUUUCUUUCUAUAGAAGUUGUUUCCCACAAGCCACCAGAGCACUUGAAUUAAUAAUAUCCCAGUGUCACGCUGCAGCAUUAAUACUUUGUUCAAAAAUAGCUGCUAAUAAAAUUUAAUGAUUGGUUUAUAUGUUUUUGAGACGCAAAGGUGCAGAUGUAGAGAAAAAAGGGACUUUUAAUUCAGACACAGACACUCAGAAAACAGAGUCCUGUCUCUUUGUUGUCCCUCUGACUCUCCUUCUCUGUGUGUCCCUGUCUCACUUCACUUAAAUCACUGAUAGACUCAUGUUAUACCUGCUCACCUCCUUCAAAAUUCAUCUUGAUAUGAUCUGUAUUAGGGCUGUAAAGUCUUAGUCAACUGGUCGAAUGAUUGGUCGAUACGUGCUGAGUCGACCAAAAUUCUGAUUGGUCAACUCGUUUUUUUUUCCGUGUCAAUUUACAGUCUAGGGUUGAUUUGAUCAGGAGGAAUGAACCAAGUGCUGAUGGGGGUGUUUUCACAACAUUUGUUCUGGACCCCCUCGUUUUCACCAUUUUGGAUUCGCCCAACCCACUGGAGACAGGAAGAUUGAAGUAGUGAUGGGCACAGCAGUUCUUUCAGAUGUACUGAAUCACUAGAAUCAGUUCAUUAAAAAGAGUCGUUCAGAAGAUUUGUUCACCGAAUCACCAAAUCCUUCAGCGCUUGGCGGGAGGAGCCUGCGACUCCGACUUCCUGAACUGAAACACAGAUAAACGGUUCAGGAUCCAGUUCAGAUCACGGUCUCCCUGUCACUGCUUUCAAGAGCUUGCUGCAGCUGCUGAGUCUCACUCUCUUCUCAUCACUGCCAGCCGAACGUUUUAAGUUUGUUUGAUUGGGAACUAAAUCUGUUAAAACAACAGGGAACAACGGUCACCAUGAAAGUGUAUCCUUCAGACAAAAAUGAUUCCUGAGUGUGUAGUUCACUACGUGAUUCGUUCACAAAGGGAUCCAGGCGUCGGCGUGUGCGGUCCCUCGCUCGCCGUCUGCUCACCCGGCAAUGCUGCGUGAUAUGCCAGCUGCACUGCUGAUAGCUAAAUGAACAAAUCACUUGAAGAAGCGAUUUGGUUUGUUUGAACGAAUCAUUUGCGAAUGUCACAACACUAGAUUGAAGAGCGUCCACGUGAAGCAGCGUCUGGUGGUUUGCUAAAUAUUUAUAUUUUACCUUUUGUGUUUAAUUGCCUUCUUGUGCUGAUAUCAGUACAUUUUCACCCCGCCGAGCCGCGUCGUCCCCCGCCGCAGAAGGGUUUGCCGUCAAAGUCUGAAAAAUCUGCCCCAGCUGGAGUUUAUGUCUCGUUGAAUUUGAACUUAAAAAUAAUUUUCCUGCAAAUUGAUUCUCUCGGGUUUCCAAUCUGCAAGUUCCACUUCAAGUCUAAACUUUAAAUACCUCUAAUUUCAUCAGAGUGUCUUAUUUCUUGUUUCCCCACAAGAUUGCCUGUGUUCUUUUGUGUUUUUAGUCGAGCUGAGAAAUGGCAAUUAUGUUGAGGAAAAAUAGGAAUAAUCUUGUUUGCAACCUGACUUAAAUGCAUUUCAGCAAACUUUGAGAAACCCACAAGGUCAUUAAACAUCUCACAACACAGAGGAAACACAAGCACCAGUGAAGUAGGAGAGUUUUAGAGACAGAAACUUGAUGAACUUGUGCUGUUUGUGUGUGUUUGUGUGUGUGUGUGUAGGAGGAGUACAUGCGCGAGCAGAUCCAGUGGCAGCAGCAGCCCUUCAGCCACAAUCAGGUCUGCCUUGACCUCAUCGCUGCUAAGCCUCAUGGGAUUCUGCGCAUCCUCGACGACCAGUGCGGUUUUCCUCAGGUGAGUCUCCGCGUCAAUUAAAGUGACUUGAAAUACGAUAUUUACUGUGAACUAAUGAUGACCUAGUGAUUAAUCAAAACUGAGGGUGUGAAAAUGAUCGAGACUCCUUAGAAAUAUGAAUUUAUUUAAGUUUAUCAUGAAGAAAUACAAGAACAGCUGGCAGUAACUCAGACAUUUAAUAGCUCAGUUAAAAAAAAAAAAUACCGACUCAUCUCACUUAUUGGAUUUCUCAUAAAACCUGGAGACUGAAGAGUAUCAUAGCCGGCUCUGAUCAAUACAACACGACCCUACAUGCUGACUUAAUUGCCUUCCUGCUGUUUGUUAUUAUCCUCCAGGCUCCUAAUGUAAAGAGCUGACUGAGCUCAUAUUGAGAUAAACGUAUUAUAAGGUGAAAUAUGAACAGAGUGCAACACGAGUAACAGGCUGGAGCAAUCUGCAGCGACACACACACACACACACACACACACACACACACACACACACAACACGUGUUCGUGCUGUAGAGAUUUAGUUUCCAUGGCUCACCAACCCUUAACCGUCUCUUGAUCAUCACUAGGCAACAGACCACACUUUCCUUCAGAAGUGCCACUAUCACCAUGGAAACAACCCGCUGUAUGCCAGGCCAAAGAUGCCGCUGCCAGAGUUCACGCUGAAACACUACGCAGGGAAGGUCACAUAUCAGGUAAUAAUCGUGUUUAUUGAUCCGAAACGGAGACGGUUCAAAUCUGAGGACGUGCAGCUGUACGUCGCAGUAUUUUCAAAGUUUUUUUAUUACAAUUAUCAUCAUGAGCGUUUUUGUCAACAUAAUAGCGCCUCUCAUCUGAUCGUGCAUCGACUGGGGAAACACCAAAUGAUACAUCAGAGAGCGAGGGAGGAAGUCAGCGAGCUGUUUACAUUAGCUAAUGUUACUGGUGGCUAUUUGAUCAGACUGAACAACUGUGACGACACUUCCCUGUAGAUUUUAAAAUGACUUUUACUUCCUAAUUUAAAAAACCACAGGGGGGUCCGUUCACGGUUUCAGCCCUGCCGGUGUUAUUGAUAGAAGAAUAUGAUAUCGGAGCGUGUCCCCAUAAACUGAUGAAGACAAACACAUCAGAUUCAAACACGCAUCAGUCAGACCUGAGAUCUGGUUGAAUAUGUUGAGACAGACAAGUACAAGAUGGCAAAUGUGGAUUAGAUUCCAAACACAAACCUGAUGUAGGGCACAGACGCUCACAGUGAGGCCCUGAGAGGAGCAGAACACUGAGGUAUCAGCUAAUAUGUGCAGGAUUGUGACCGAGGGCAAAGCUCUGCACACGAUGUACUUCACUAAAACAAGAUUCUCCUCCUCCUCGGUUAACAGGGAGGAUGUAUUUCCUCAGACAACAUCUGCACCUUCACUGCUCUGUGCAGACUAGGCUGCUGUUCUUUGAUAUGGAGACCAGAGCUGCCCGGCCAGGCACUGAAACUUCUGUCAUUGCUCAAAGUCUUCUCAACUUUGACCUUUGACCUGCAAGACAACAACUGUAUGGCACAGCCAGAAGCACAGCAAAUCUGAGCGGAGACAGUUUUUAUCAGAAACUUGUAAUUAGUUUCUCACAGUUCCCUUUAAACACAUAAAAAAACAAACAAAGAAAAAAAACAAGCAAGAGAAAAAAGAGCUUCCAGAUGUAGAUGGACGUUAGGAGCAAACACACCUGUAGCUUCUUGUUCUGGUUUCAGUGACAUCUACUGUGAAAUGGUCUGUGGCCUGUGCAGGUAGCAUGAGGAGAGAGUGGGAUCGCCUGUUUAGACAAGUGAUGCUGAAGAGUAUGAAACCCAGAGCUUUGAGGUCACAAUGUUAAAAUGUAACAGUAUUAAAAUGUUACAGUAUUAUAGUGUUACAGUGUGACAGUACCACAACGUUACACUGUUACAAUGUUACAGUGUCACAAUCUAACAAUGUUACAAUGUUAAAAUGUAACAAUUUACAACGUAACAGUGUUACAAUGUUACAACAUAUUAAUGUUACAAUGUAACAAUGUUACACUGUUACAGUGUUACAAUAUUACAGCACCACAACGUUACAGUGUUAAAUGUCACAAUGUCACUCAGCAGACUCUUUCUUCUAAAGCCAGACCGUCACAAUCAAAGAUCUUGUCUAGUGGACAACAGGCUUCUUUUGUUUCACACAGUUGGAUCUAAAAUCAGGAUAUCCUGCUUUGUUUUUCUUACCUUUGUCUAUUUUACGGUGCAGGUGCACAAAUUCUUGGAUAAGAACUUCGACAUGGUCCGUCAGGAUGUUUUGGACCUCUUCAUCCAGAGCAAGAACAGAGUAAGACAUGCAGAAACACUUUGACGAUGUUUCCUCAACAUUUACAGUAUUUUUCUGUCUUUAUACCCCAACUUACCUCACAAAGAUUAUUACUCAUUAUACUGAGUAUAAUUUAUCCUAUACUGAGUCUGUACUACAUGAUAAGACUGAAUGAUUGAGCUCCUGCUGUUUACCUCUCUGUUUAUAAUUAUUGUUUUGUUUUAGCAGCAGGUUGACUGUGAGGUUACCUGGUGUUUAAUGCAAAACUCCUGCUGUUUGAAAUGACUGUGUCUUCAGUACAGACACCCACUACAAUUAUAAAGCCAGUUACAUACAGCUGUUUACUGUGUGUGUGUUUGUGUGUGUGUUCAGAUGGUUUCCAGCCUCUUCCUGAAGCACUCAGAGUCCGUGUCUCAGCAGCGAUCGAACGUGCGGCGCAGCAGCGCAGCUCGCCGUUAUCAGGCCAACACGGUCAGCGCAAAGUUCCAGAGCAGCCUGCAGGAGCUGCUGGAGAAGAUGGAGAGGUCUGAAUGAACACGUCUCCUUCACCCUCUGAGAUUAUGAAGAGAAUUCUUAUGAGAGGAGAGUUUGGAAGUUCUGUUCAGGACUUUUUUAUUUCUCAUUUUCAUUUCUUAAAUGUUCUCUCAGCCCCCGGGAGUACAACUGAAAAGACAACCCAAUUUACUGAUAGAUCUCAAACAACCUUCCUACAAAAAUAGUUAAAUAAGGACACUUUAAAAACAAGUACCUCUAUAAGAUAAAGAAGCCCCCCUGUGUUUAGCAGCACAGUCAUUCCAGUUUUUCUUUGUUAGAGGUGCGAUCAAUGUCCGUAUGAUGCUCAGGUAUUGAUUAUACAGGUAGUUUAAAGCGCCCAUUGUGUCUUCACUGAAUGGUUUUCUGGUGGUCAUUUAUUCCCACAUUAACGGCCUCCUUUACCACCAGUCGCCUGAAUGUGUGUGUGUGAUAUCGGACUGAGGAAAGAGUGAAAAACAGAGUGACAAGAGCGUUUUUUCCCCGAACAGACGAGUUUUCCGUUAGCAUCGUUGCUCUGCUGUGAUAUUAGACUACAGAUCAGUUCAGACAACCAUAUCAGGCUUUUAUAGGAGCCAUUUAUCUCAGGAAGUGAAUUUUAUUUGUCUUGUUUUGACAUCACUCAUGUCUUUUGGAGGUGUUUCAGCUCGGACCGUUAACCGUGCUCCUCAGACUGUUACUGUAAAAGUUUGUUGAUGAGCAUUUCUGUCCCUGCAGACGUUUAAUUCACUCCGCCUUUAUCCAACCAUCCAUCCAUUUAUCCGUCUAUUUGUCGACAGGUGUAACCCUUACUUUGUGCGAUGCAUCAAGCCAAACCAUCUUAAGGUAUAUGUGCAAACUGGAUGGUGUGUGCAGGUUUGCAGUGCUGUGCUUUUGCGUUUGAAUGUUGUGUGUCAUCGUUCAGCUCAUGUGUUUCUGUGUGUAGGAGCCUGGAGUGUUUGACAUGGAGCUGGUCAACACUCAGCUGCAUUACUCCGGUAUCAUGGAGACCAUCCAUAUCAGGAGGGAGGGCUAUCCAAUCAGAAUGCACUUUCACAGCUUCCUGUUAAGGUCUGUAUACAGAGAGAGAGAGUGAGAGAGAGAGAAAGAGAGAGAGAGAGCGCUUUGCAGUAAGAAGCGCAAAAUCAUGGCUGAUGGUUUCGGCUUUCAGAGAGAUUCUCAGUGACUCAAAGCAGACAGACAGACAGACGGUUUCUUGAGUUGGAAAAUCCAGGUGUGGUCAUGUGUCAAUUUUCUAUUACUGAAAGGUUUUUUCACCAUCCUGAGUUUUCACUGUUUUAGAGAGUUAAAAAAAAAUAACGAUAUAUGGCAAACUGGCAGCUGUGACGACUAAGGUAGUUUACCACCACCAAGGUGUGACUGUGUGAGUGAAUGAAUGAAUGAUGUCUCCAAUGCAAAGCGCCUCUGAUAAAGCGCUAUAUAAAAUCUGAUGCAUUAUUAUUAUAGAUGUUAGUUUUCUGGGUUCAUUCAAGCUCAUCUGGUUUACUGAAAUCUAGGGUUGGGCGAUAUGGGGAAAAGUUUAUCAUUUUUUUUCUGUAACCCUCUCUUUUACGGUACACUUAUUACCAGGUAAUUAACAGGUAAUUACCUAGUAACAACAUGAAAUUAUCUGGUUAUUACAUGAUAACUACUAAGUCAAUACUGUCUUGCUACCAGGUAGGUAACCUUCCAUCAUCAUACAAAUUUGGAGCUGAAUCGCUCUGGUAUUUCCAGGGUUUUCUCCGCUUCCUGGAACCACCACUUGCGUAGUAGCGUUGUACUCAUUCGGUGGAAGAGUCGCUGUGAUUACGCUCGGCUCAAACAGCGUAUCGCUACGCAAUCUUCGCACACCCAUAGGCUGUAUCAAGUGUCAAUCAUAGAAAAUAAGAACCCCAAAUAGCUUUUGAAAAUGGAGCUGCACAGAAAAAAGAAAAAAAGAAAAACUAGACAGUAUUGACUUAGUAGUUAUCAUGUAAUUCCCAGAUAAUUUCAUGUUGUUACUAGUUAAUUACCUGUUAAUUACCUGGUAAUAAGUGUACCGUAAAAGAAAGGGUUACCUAUUUUUCUAUAUCAGUCGAUAUCGAUAUGAAUCACGAUAUAAAAAAAUCACUUGUCAAUCUUAAAAAAACACUAAUAUUUUUAAUGUUUUGAUGUAACAUUAAUUAAUUUUUAAUGUUCAAUGUAAUAUUUUAUUAUCGGGAUUUUUGGUUUUGCAAUUUUUAAAUUGAUUUUUAUGUUAAAAAAAAUUAUAUAUAUAUUUUUUUUUCCAAAUUUAUGAAUAAAUCUCAAAAAUUGACUUAUAUGUGAUGUGUAUUUUGGGGAGAAAUAUGGUUCCUGGAAUAGUCAGUAGACAAUCAUUCAACUGUUUCACUGUUUGUUAGAAAUGCAGACUAAAAAUCGAGAAAAUCACCGAUGUCGUAGAAUCGCAAUUUAAAUCGAAUUGGCAUCCAAAAAAUCAUAGUAUAUCAUCCCAGCCCUAAUAUUGACCAUGUUUUAUAUUGAUAUCGAUGAAAAUUAAUUUUUUGAUAUAUAUCAUUAUCGUUUAAUCGCCCAGCUCUACUGAAAUCAUAUGAAGCUCUAACUGAACCAUUGAGAAAACUAAAAUAUACCAUCCCAGCCUCCCACUCUGCUUCCUUUACCAGAAAGUAUUGCUUUCUGUUCCUCCCACCACUCCACACUUCUCCAGACUGCUUGAAUUAUUGUCUUUUUCUGGCGAGAGAACAAUUCACACACCAAUUUCUUCCUGCUGAAAAAGCCAUCUGGCACUUGUCAGCUCCUGCAGCAGAAAAGCAUCUGAAACCAAUUGAUCUCGCAGCACCUCUGACUACCGGCUGCCAAAGUGGACGGACUUACACUGUGACUGAAAAACGGUUUUAGCCUCAUUUACAGUCAGUUACGGUCGAGUCAUUCACAGCCAAUUAGGUUCACAGUACAACUGUGGAAUUCAAACAAACAUCGAAACCGGCCGACUCAGAGCAACAAUUAGCCUCACACCUCGCAGAAUCAAAGCCAAUAACAACCUGCUGCAGGACUGAUUUACCCAGAAUUGAGACACAUGUUUGAGCUCUUUGGCUCUCUCUGAAUUUCUGUCACAUUUACUCCAGAAUUCAUGAAAGUCUGUGUGGACAUGUGCAGGUAUAAGGCCUUGCUCUGCCUGAGAGAAACUCCACCUGCAGACGGAGAAAACUGCGUCAUCAUGCUGCACAAGCUCGGUCCGGUCAAGAGUGGCUCCUUUCAGAUGGGAGUCAGCAAGGUCAGUGACAGACUCGCCUUCAGAUCACGGAUUAGGAGUCAAAGAGCUUCAUGAAGUUUCUGUGUGUGUCUGUGUUAGAUUUUCCUGAAAGAGGAGAUGUAUCAGCUGUUGGAGGGAAAACGAGACCGCCUGCUGAACAUCGCCGCCAUGACGCUGCAGAGAUACACACGGAUGGUGUUUGUACGCAAGAACUUUGCCAAGUUACGGCGGCGUUUUACUUUGUUUGAGGCUCGCUGCAGAGGCUACCUCACCAGGUAAAGUUCACUUCAGCUCCAGAGUUUGGAUAUCAUUAGAGCUUAUUUGAUUUAACAGCUUAUGACUCAUUUGAAUAACGCCAAAUAAAAGAGAGCCGAAGAAGAGCAAACUCCUCCAGAAGAAAGGAGGGGAAUAAAUGAGGAGAACCGCUCAGAGCUUUGUUUAAGGACAGCGCUCUGAUCCACUUGAGUGAGGAGUUUGGCAACUGGGGCUUUAGAGAGUCUGGUUUCACUGAGCCAAAUAGGUCAGAGCCGAUCACUGACGACCUGCGUCUUCUGUUCCUGAUGUGAAGAGACAGAGCCAGGGGAUUCAGGCCGCGCUCAUCCAUCAAAGGCGAAAGCUCUCCCGCUCACUGCCUGUCAGACAAAACCUUGAGAAGUUAUGCAAAUGAGUAUUUUAUUUGAGCGCAUAAAAAGUCACUUACUUGUUUAAUAAGGACACUAAAAACGAGGGUCAAAUCAAGGUCAAACAUUUUGAAUGUGUAAUUAUAUUUCAUAGAACGUCUGUGAUGCACCGUGACGAUCUAGGCACUGAAACUAAAACGAACACUAUAAACCACAUUAACAUAAAUCUCGCCGCACUCGUCAUGCCGUCAGUCAUAAUUACACUGAUUGACGUUUUGGUUCGAUGACAAGCGUAAAUACUCGAAUAUUUCUGCAUAAUUCAUGAAGACGGUUUCUGCUUUUUGUUGCCAAAAUUGUGGAAUUUUCACAUGAAUGACUUUCUUCUCUUACUUUUAGAGUUCAAGUGUUUAAAUAUCAAUCCUCUACUGUUCCCAAACAGGAAAAAGUUUGCUCUGAGGAGGAAGUACCUCAUCAGGUUUCGCUCCGCCGUGCUGCUCAUCAUCAACCGCCAGCGCUACAUGAGGGUAUGCACGCUGUGUUUGUGUCUGCGGGAACGAUUUCCAGUCCUUGUGUGUCUGAAUGAAUAAAAAAUGAACAAAUGUGUGAAGUGUCAUACUGUCGUCUUUCUGUCAGACAGUGGUGGAGCCUGCGAGGAAGGCAGAGGAGGUGAGUGAAGUGAGCGUGUGCGAGAGCGAAGAUGAAGAGGAAGAUUAAGAGACGAAGAGCGAAACAUUCGUCUGUUUGAGUUUGUUUGUGUCUGCGCAGGAUCGCAUCAACAGAGAAGUGGUGAAUGUGACGACGCUGCCUAUCCCUGCAGAGCUGGCGGCGCUGCUACAGGCUGCAUCAGGUGUGCACUCACACACACACACACACAAACACACACACACACGCGUAUGUUCGACACUCUGAUUCAAAGUCAACAGGCAGCAAGGUCCAUCAUGUUUGCAGGCCAGUUCAGCUGUAUUUUGUAUAUGACACAUGGCCUGGUGUGUGUGUGUGUGUGUGUGUGUGUGUGUGUGUGUGUGUGUGUGUGUGUGUGUGUGUGUGUGUGUGUGUGUGUGUGUGUGUGCAGGAGGUGAGGAGCUGCAUUCGGACUGCUUGGCUGUCGUCCAGGCUCCAAAGGUUCAGGUUGACCCCCAGCUGACCCUGCCCCUGGACAUCAACAACUACCUCAUGACACACUACAUCAGGGCCAUAUUUAGGGUAAACACACACACUCACAAACAGACACACACACAGACACACACAGACAGACAAAAAAAGAAAAAGAGUGUCUGCACGCCCAGACUGUGAAUAAACGUUUGAAUAAAACAUAAACGACAUGAUUGAACUUGUUGGGCCCUGAACUGUGAGUGUUCCAUGUUCGCACACACACACACACUCACAGACAUUGUUUACAGUCAUUUAUAAGCAGUGUGUGUUUGUGUGGUUGUGUGUUUGUGUGUGUUGCAGGAGCCAUUGUUCGGGAUGCUCACCGCCCCACUGGAAAAUUCUCUCAUUCGAACCGAUGAGGAGCUGAAACAAGGAGCCCUGAACGUUUUCACCCUGGUAUGUGAGACAUUCACGUGACGCCGGUUGCAAAUCUUAUAAACGUACAUAUUAAGAUUUAAUCUCUUAUAAACUCAUGUAAACAUCUUAACUUUACAUAUCAGGGUGACCAUAUUCUGAAACCCCCAAAAGAGGACACGCCUACGUGGGGGCGGAGUCACGCAUAGUUAAUUUUGAGAGUUUUGCGGAUCGGAUCGAGUGUUUUUGACACGCUUUGAAGUCAGUAAGUCCACGCGACACAAACUCAAAACUUCCAUACAAAACCCCGGACAUUUGAAGGACAAGGCUAAAGAGGACUUUUGAUAGGGCCGGGCGAUAAACCGAAAAUUUACAGAUACCAAAAUUUACGACAAUAACCGAGGACAUUAAAUGAAUAAAGGAAAGUUGUUUUUGGAUGUGUGCAGGUAGGCUAUGGUCUCAUGUCCCUUUAAGACGCUGUCCUACGUCAGAGACGUGACUCCACCCCAUCCUGUCAAAGAGGGAAAGACAGGUGAGGAGAUGGAGGACGGUUCAAAAGUUGGAGCGGCUGAAGUAGACGAAGUUAAUGUGGGAGGGGGUGAGCAGCUUGUGGAGUAGUUAUCGUCCAUUUAUCGUUACCGAUGUGAACUGAUCAAUAUAUCGGGAUAUUGAUUUGAGGACAUAUCGCCCAGCCCUUACAUAUGGUCACCCUAAUUUAUGGCAAAGGGAAAGAAUCAAAUGUGAAUACUUGCCCUACUAAUACUUUGAGAGGGUGAUAAGACAGGACUGGAGGCCAGUUUAGGCUCAUUUAUGCUCGCCAUACGUUUGAAAAUGUUCGCGUUCGUUUCAAACGAUGGUUCCGUCACUGCCCUCGUACGUCCUUAACGUUGACAUGGAUCACAAGGAUUGUUGGCAUGGCGACUGUGGAGGAGCGAGUGAUAAUGGAUAUUUUCCAUAGGAGACAGAAAUGGAGGCAGCGUUGGAGGAGGCGGUGGUCAGUCAGGCUGCUAAGCACCUCACGGAUGACGGAGAACUCUUUUCUUUAGUCGUACUGAUGAGUGAAAUUGACGACGAUCGUCUUUUUCAGCCCCGACAUUGUCUUCUUCGUUUCUCUCUAGAGAUGCGUAUCGGGUCAUAACAGCUGCAACACUGCCCCCUGUGGUUUCUGAUGGUAAUGCUCCGUCUGGCCUUUAAACUCAAGGGACACGUGCAGAAAUACGGACUGAGCCAGAUCCGUUAAGCAUAAAUGAGCCUUUUGGCACUCGGUCUCUCCUACUAUAGAGCCUGUUUAUUGUGAUAAAUACUGUUUAGUUCUAAAAACAUCUCUAACGGGUGAUUUUAGAGUCCUGUUCCUUUCUGAUGCUGCGUUUAGUUUUAUAGUUUUAAGGUUUCCUAUCUGCAUAGUUUGAACCUGCAUUUUUGGACAGACAAACACACUGUGGUUACAGACGGUGAUUUUUGGCAGUAAUGCGGUGAUUUCCAAAACAGAGUCAAGUUCAUUUUAAUGCAGAGCUGCCUGAAGUUGACAGUCAUCCAGUUCUAGUUUCUGUCCUCGCCCCCUUUGGUACAGAGAUUGAUGAACUCCCUAAAUCCCUUUCCAAUUUUAUUCUGAAUGUUUUGAAGAGUUUUCUCUCACACACAGAGCGGAGAACCUCUUUUUCAGCCGCUCUGGGAUUCCCUCUUUAAAAUCUGCGGUAAAUUAACCAAAGUUUAAUCUCUUUGUCUUUGCAGCAGAGAGUUAAAUGAUUUGAAAACCAUCAAAAUAUGUUUCCAUCUACAAACUUUCUCCACACUAUGGUUGGAUCAUUUCAGUCAACAUUGGCGUUGCUCUCUAACCACAUAUUGACUCGUAAAGCUGUUGUAUUUGUUGUAAAUCCCUGUUAUAAUUAUUCUGGCAGAUUUUAAGGUUCAUGGGUGACCCGAACCUGAACGGGGCUCAGGAGAACAUGUUCGGGAACUACAUCAUCCAGAGGGGACUUGCCAAUCCGAAUCUCAGAGAUGAAAUCCUGGUUCAGGUCGCCAAUCAGGUGAGCUAUUUAUCGGUGAGAUGGAAAUGGAAGUUUUGAUCAGACCGGAUGUUUCAGAGUGUUUCUUUCUCCUCUCAUCUGUUAGGUUUGGAGGAAUCCUAACAUUUUAAAUUCAGAGCGCGGCUGGCUCCUCCUCUCCUCUUGUCUUUCUGCCUUCCUGCCCUCUCAAAGGUUGGCCAAGCACCUGCUGAAGUAAGAAACAUCCCCUCAUAGAGAGACGUGUAUAAAACUAUCAAACAGUGUCGUAUUUCAGUUAAAGUUUACCGUCCGAGAUUCAGCCUCGCUCGUCUUGUUGCAGAUUUGUGUCUGACUACGGUCCAGAGGGUUACGACUGCGUGUGUCAGCACCGUCUGCUUCAGGCUCUGCAGCGGCUCAGUGUCGGACCGGAGUACGCCCGCACGUACCCGCCCUGUCUCCUGGAGUGGACCGCCAACCGCAAGAGAGCUCACACCGUUCUGCACAUACACUGCUUCGACGGUGGGAACACACACACACACACACACACACACACACACACACACACUGAACUGAUUUUGGUGUUAAUUUUGAUCGACUGAAAAGAGAGAGCAGUUAUCUCUUUACUGAAUGCCCUGCAGCAAAGCUCUGGACGUCUCUCUCCAACAGCACAGGCAGCUUCUAGGUCACUUUCACACUGUCAUUUAUCAAAGUGUACCUUUUUGUCAACAAAUCACACGGCGGUCUUCAGGUCGUUCAGCGAUUGGUCAGAAAAUUAGCGAGGGAAAAUCACCUUCUGUCAGUUUUUCUGUCAGUAAUGGAGCAGCAGCAGCAGUAGCAUGUAGCGUUGGCUUUGACAGGUAUUAUAUUGAUAUGGUGCUGCGAUCAGGACAGAUGGAGACAUGUGAGCCGUGACCAUAUAUGGUAUAAUCAUGUCAUACACUCUAUAGACUGUUUGACAUGAUUCUGAGGACAUUUUACAGAAGAAGGCAGGAGCCCUUAUGGGUGCCUGUGAUGUUUUAUGUGUUUUUAUGACACAGAAGACGAACAUUACGUGAGACCUAGUGAUGGGAUGUGAAUUAUAAACAACUCUAGUAUUGAUUUCCAAAGUAACCAACCCUUUUGCCGGUAGUUUAUUCCGUCGUUUUGGUGUGAUGACUUAAAACGUGUCGGCUUUCUCCUCCUCUCUGUCGGGCUGCUAACGCUCACAGACCCUCCGCUUCCUAUUCUGUUAGCUGGUAACUCGGGGUGUCCCGAUACAAUAUUGAUUUUGGAUAUCGGUCCGAUAUCAGCAAAAAAACAAAUCUUGGAUUAUAUCGGCAUGCAUCUAAAUUCAUCUCUAUUCCAGACUCUGCUCCAGCACCCUGAUCCAGCAUGCAGAGCCCACAUCAUCACAACAACAGUGUGGACUAAAGUACUGACAAAGUAGAGAGGAGUAGGAGUGAUAUCGGCCUUGUGGGAGUAUUUUUUGUUUAAGUCUGAAAAAGACGCUGCAGCUGAGUGAAAAACCCAAUAUCGGUAUCGGCCAAUAUUGAAGGCUACAAUAUCGGUAUCAUAUCAGAAGUCAAAAGGUUGUAUCGGGACACCCUGUUGCACUGCUGUUUUGGUUUGCUUCCUGUAUUUGGUCCUAAUAAAAGUCUCACCUGAAGUGAACCAGAACAUGGUUCACUUCGAAACGGACCGAGUCCUGACUUUUUUGGGGGGACCAUGGUCCGCUUGUUUGGUCCGACAAAAGUCCAGAUCGUGGUCCGGGGGGAGUGUUCAAACAUGAAAUUUUGGUUCUGAACAAACGAGGCUUGUGUGAACGCAACCUGAGUCGUGUUUCUAAACAGACGCAGCUUUUCAAAGACGUCCCUGUCUUACUUUUUUGUGUUUGAUUUCCUCCUGAAACCGAGAAAACUGAUUUUAUGAUCAUGUCCGCUGAGAUGAACUUUCACCUCUUUAUUUCCCGUCCCUUGAACUCCUCCUUGUUGAUCUCUGCUUUCUCGUUUGUUUGUUUGUCUUUUUACCCGAGUCUACCUUCUAUUCAGCGCCACAUAGUCAUCUGUCGGCCUCUGUCUCAUUUCCUCCUCUCAUCCAGCUAAUCUGUCCUCUGGCCUUUUGGCAAGCCUACUGAGGAUUAGACAACACCUGAUACUCGCUCUGGUUCACUGGCGGUGUUUGAGUCUGUUUGUUGCUGCUGCUGGUGUCUGUGUAACUCUUCACAGACAGACACACACAGACAGACAGACAGGCGAGGCUGUUCGCUCCUGAUUUUGUGACUCAGUUGGGGAUUUAUCUCAUAACCUGAUUAUAACGGCUUUUUAAUGCAUUACAAGAUGAAAGAAGAGCCAACGUCGAUUCUUAGUUGUAGUUUUUGUCGAGUUAAUUUUGUGUGUCUUUGAAUGUCUUUUAUCUGCAGCCGUGUCCUUCUUGUGUCCUCUACACUCCUGGACGACAGGAGAGGAAAUGGCCAAAGACAUCUUACAGCACAGGUAUCGUCCGUCACCACGCAUGAAACAAACGAAGGAGACGCUCGCAGAGACUGAGAAGUUCUCUUUGUGUGUUUGUGUAGGGGUGUAGCGGAGGGCCGUCUGGGCUGGUCGGUUCUGCUGAAGGAGCCGGCUCAGUGGGUGGAGCUGGAGGGCUCAGACUACGUCCUGGAUCUGAUGUCGGACCUGGAGCUUUCUGCCGAGUUCCCCAAACACAGCAGCUACUUCAUCAUCUCUGCUCAGGAACCGAGCAGAGUGCGGCCCAAUGCCAGCAUGUGAGGGACAAGCACGCACACACACACACACACACACACACACACACACACACUCAAGGAGAACAUCCGUUAGUCGUUUUCCAGCAUCAGAGCGUCGAUCUUACUGAACUACAUCCACUACAUGUGGAACUGAAAAUGAAACUGAAGCCUCUCUGACCUCCAGAAACAAACAUGGCCGACCACUUCUCUGGUUUAAUUUUUAAAGCCUGAACCUGCCGUGAAGGUGUCAGACAAGAUGAUUGACAGCAGGCUGACAAACACCUUUUUUCAGACUGCGGUGUGUGAAAGGAGGGCUGACUGUUUCUGUGUUGUCGCUGUGGUCCACCCACCGGGUCUGCACGCUCCUACAGACUGAUUUAAACGAGUUUCUGCUGUAGCAUUAUGGGGACUUCAGAGAUAUGCUUUUAAAACCACUCCUCUCCUUGAGCGAGUCUACUCUCUCCUUCGUUAUGAUUAAGGUGUUAAAGGUUAGAGGCAGGUACGCCACCUCACCUGCUCUCCUGUUGGUCGUAAAAACUCAGUUCCAAUGAGAACAAGAAGUAGGAAUACUGGUCAGAUUAUAGUGAACCACACAGAGACAUGCUGUUGUUGUAACUCUAAAAGUCCUCACACACCGGGGCCGACGCGAAUAUUGAACGCAAAAUUACGAAAUAUUUGGAGGCGAAUUUAACGCCUGACUAAACACAUCAAGCCUGAUGUGAUUUUGCGACUUUCCGGGGGGAGAAGACGCAUCCCGGGGAAGACUUUUCCCGCCUCUUGGAAACGUCAUCACACACUCAAGUCAAACAGUCAGCACUUAUAACCAAUCAGAGGCGAAGGACAGUGUUCUACAGCGUUCUACAGUUCUGAUCAGAGUCUAGUGUUGAGAUGUCUGUCUGUCAUGAUAGCAUGGACUGAGUCGGGGUCAGUACCAGAUAAUACCAGAUUUUCAGUUUCUCAUUUAUCAGACGUUGAGGCUCACACUCUCAUCUUUGUCAUCCUCUUUUAAUGUUGAACAGAAGCCUGUUGGGCGGCGGGUUCGACAUGAACGGUGAUGUCAUGUCUUCAGCUCUCUCCGGCUCUGACGGACAAGGUACGGCUCAAAUUUAACAUGACAGCUCACAAACAGCGAUCAUGAUUCCUGCUGACCCCGGACUGCUCUCCUCUCCUGUCACAGACUUUGAGCCUCACAGAGGGAUGGAUCGUUAUCUUGACAGCCUGUUUGACCCAGUCCUGUCUGACGGAGCUGCGGUAAGUUACAUAACUUACUCACUCACUCUGACACACUUGACCACCUGAGAGGCCGGGCGGGUUACUCUGCAGAUCAGGUGGAGCUCUGUCGAGCACCUUAGCUGAGAGCGUCAGUGUCUGAACACACUUUGCUCUGCCUGGUCAGAUUUAUUUCAUACACAGUCAUCCAUCAUCUCUACUGCUCAUCUCAUUUGGGCUGGAAGGGGAGUUUGAACUGAUCCAAAUUGGUCUCGGGUGAGAGGUACAUAUGCGGACACCAAAUUAAGAGAGUCUCUGACCUUUAAAAUCCACACAGAAAAGACCUCCUCACUCAGAUGUUACUCAUCAUUCUCUAUCCUCACUUCCUGUCCUCUCAAAUAAAGUAAAAAAAGGGAUGGAUAUGAGACGAGCAACAGUGGGAAAGUUUUCUAAUAGUUAAAAACACCUGGAGAAACAUCACAGAAACAGGUCAGUCACAUGACAGAGAGGCGGAGUCUCUCAGGAGGAAAGAUGGAAGAGGCUCAGUCAUGUUUGUGAGACCUCAGCGUAAAACUGAACAAGGUUUGGAGAUUUUGUCAUCUAGAGUACAAACUAGAGCGACACAGUGCUGUAGUGGUUAACACUGUCGCCUCACAGCAAGAAGGUCCUGGGUUUGAAUCCGGGUCAGGGUGUUUCUGUGUGGAGUUUGCAUGUUCUCCCUGUGUCGGCGUGGGUUUACUCCGGUUUCCUCCCACAUCCCAAAAACAUGCAGAAGUGGAGUUAGGUUAACUGGCCACUGACUGAUUCAUGUCGUUCAUUCGCUGUGAGCAAAUCACAAGACUCCGCCCACCCACCUUCUCGCUGGCUGGCUGUGUGUCGGUCACCAAAGAGUCAAAGGCGGCAGUUCCACUCCCGACCGUCGGCACGUCAGGCUCACGUCUGAGCUCAACUGAACUGAGAGAGGAACCAAUCAGGUCUCGGAGUGAUUCCAUUCAUGUCGUUCACUCAGCAGUUCUGUUUUGAACGACACGACACCAGUCUCUGCACGAAUCGACCAAGAAGUCAACCAGUCGACCAGGACUUUACAGCCCUACUUUUUCCAGGUUACUUUCUCGAUAUCUGGACGUUUUCAGGGCUCGUUAAAAACAUGUUUCAGCCUCAGUUUAACUCAGAGGGCCUGAAAUUGAGUCGCAGCUGUUAGAGUUUGAAAUUCUCCGUUUUAUCGGAGGCUCACAGGUGAAGUCGAGUGCUGAGUUUAGUCUGCUGAUUGCUGAUGUUUACAAAAGACAACUGUUAUUAAUUAAUCGUUUGAGUUUCUCAUUUUGACUUGUUGAUGAGACGGCCUUUAAAAAACACCUGUGUCAUCGUUUCUUAGACUCACACGGUUAUUAUAUUCCACCGUUGUCUCGUUACUUUUCGUUGAUGGAGUUUAAUCUGUUUCAGAGCGACGGCCUACAGCGGUGGAUCUAUCAGUCCUCAGUGAAUGUUAGCCGUGCUAUCGGAUGUGGCUGACAGGAAUUAGCAUGUAUCAGAUGUGUCGUACAGACCUCUCCCGCCCAGCAACCUAUUACGUUACCCAGUUACCGUAACUGUCACGGCCACUAGAUCGCCACGGUGAUUUCCCACCCCAGGCAACGCAGGGAUCUGCUUACGAGGAACUGACACUCUGGCAAAUGAAGGGCUUACUAUUUAAUGAGACAUGGCCCCGAACACACACACACACACACACACACACACAGAGCGUGGAUUUAUGGGUCAGUGGAUGAUUUCUGAUGGCACACAUGAGAGCGAGCUUCCUCUGAUCCGAUCUGCUCUGAUUACACCAGUGUGUAAAUAUUUUUUAUGCUCCUCUUUAACUCCAACUCUCCGUGAGGAAAACUAAAACUAAAAACAGAGUUUACUGUCAAAUAUUUCAGAGACGCAGCUCCGACGAGGUUUUACAGCCUGAAUGAAACUAAAAAGAGUGUAAACUAGGGCGUCAUGAUUAAUCGAUUUCAAGUCGUAAUCCUAUUAUUUGAUUAUGACAAUGUUAAAAAAUUUAAAAUCAUCAAAUUUAUUUCCCUCUCCGUCAUGUCUCGCACCUCCAGGCCACCGUAGGCUCCACAGUUCCCACAGACACCAGUGUAAACAAACAUGGCGUUUGCAAAAGAAGGCGAUAAUUUCUUGGUUAAAUAGGACAAGAGCGAGUCAGUCGUGUUGAAUUGGUACGACUUCACAGUUUCAGAUGAAGAGUAAACCACUCCCCGCUGUAAAGUCUGUCUGAAGGCGGUAUCAACCCGUCACCACGGAAACGAAUUCAGGAGGAAACGCUGAAGUUUUUUGUCGUAUCAGCGUUUCAGGUGACUGUAAACGUACUUUUUAAAAAACGGGUCAGAGAGUGAAUAAAUCUGUAAACGACGACCAUUUCAUCUCCGUGUGGAUGUCUAUCUGCAUCUCUGGAAACCAUCAUGUGACACACAGAGGAACUCUUUUAUGGCGCUGAAACAACCUUUAUACACAUGCUCUGUACUCUUCUUCUGUCUUUGGUGCAUUUCCUGUUCAGCGUUACAGCGCCACUUACUGGCUUGGCAUAUGAACUACAUCGUUUUCAGUGGUUUGGUCUUGAUAGAUGAUAAAAAAACUUUUUAUUAAAGUUGAAUAAAAAAUCGAAAAUCAAGUUUUUAGGGGAAAAAAAUGGGAUUUUAUUUUUGGCCAAAUCGUGCAGCCCUAAUAUAAAUGUCACAAAUCAGUCAUAAAUUUUAGUUUUGAGUUCGUUUUUUCACAACAUUUAAAAAUACACCACUUGCAUGUUUUGAUAUCGUCUCCUCUACUUCAAAAAUACCGAUAACUUGAACUAUUCAUCGAGAUAUUUGCUGGUAAGUGAGUUUUUCAAUAUGGUGGUCAAACUAAUGAUAGAAAGGAGUGAUGCCUCUUCAAACUUCAGUUUUCUUCAGGUUUAUCAAAGUUCAGGUUUGAUAAAUGUGUUUCAGCCCUAAACUGCAGUCAUAUCACAGAAUAAUGAGUCUAAACUAAUGAGAUUGAUUCGAUAUCGAUGUUUGGUCGAGUUUUCUUCUCCACCUGACUUCGUGUCGUCUUUCACACCUGUGUCGUCGUCUCGCAUUUACAUCUGAAUCCACUCUGUCGGCUUGUCUUUACAGGAAGCAGAAUCAGCUGCAGGACUGUCGAGUCGGAUAAAGGGAGGUGGAGGAGUCGGAGGAGGUUGGCAACAGCAAGGGCAGUCAUCCAGACCCCCACCUCCACCUGGAGGUCAGUCAGAAAUCACACUCUUCCUCUCUCCCCCUGAAGCCACUCUUUUUUUCACACAUCCACUAUUUCUGAUUCGAUUCGUUAUAAACAAUGAUAAUAAAAUGAUGUAAAGAAGCUGAUUUAUACGGAGAUAAAAUAAACUAAAGACUCAAAGUUUACAAUCAAGUUCAAACAUUUGUUGAUUUGUUAAAAUUCACGCUGAGUUUGAUAUUUCCAAAAGUCACAAACAUAUGCAGGAUCUCACUUUAAUGUCAGAGCAGGUGUGAAAAGAUGUAAAUAUGUGUUUCUGUAUUUUUGUGACACUUCAUAUCUUAAGAAAUCAUGAGCGAGUCUGAGAAAACACACACACACACACACACACACACCGCAGUGAGAUUUCAGUGUUUGUGUGUUUUUGUUUUUUGUGUAUCCACAGCUGUGAGAGUCCUUCCCGUGGGAGGCGUGAUGUCGCCUCCUGUUGCGGCGGUGGCACCUGUAACACCUGGUUUGUGUCAAGUGUGAAGAAAAAUACGCAGAAAAAAAUGGUGAAACAUCCUUUUCCUCCCUCCGUCAUGUUGACGGUGUUGCUCCUCCUCUCCCCUCCAGAUGCCCAGCAGACUGUUUUGGCGCAGCAGCAGCAGGCCAUCAUGAACCAGCAGGCCAUCAUCAUGGUAAACCCUCCGUCUGCGUCUGCGUCUGUUCAUGCCGCCGUGACGCUGCGCUUUUAUUAAUCAGUCAUGUUUUGUUUCCCAGGCGCAGCAGAUGACCAUGCAGGCUAUGGCCAUCGCCAGCAGCCCGGUCACGAGUCCCCCUACAUCUCCGAUCACGAGCCCCCCCAUGAGUCCUCUUCUCCACCACCCUCCCAGCCCGUACGCUCCCGCCAGCCCGUACGCCGUCAUACCUCCAAGUCCGUACGCGAACAUCCCACCGAGCCCCUACGCCAACUUCACCCCCACUCCCUACGCCGACGCAAACAUCCCACCCAGCCCCUAUUCGCCGGCUGCUGAGCCCCAGACUCAGCCUCAGACCUCCAACCCGAACCAGAACCCGAACCCUCAGUCCAGCUCCGCUAAAACCACCAAAAGUGAAGCAGCAGAGCCUAAAGCCAGCGCCGCCGCCGCCGCCGCUACUCAGGUCAGUAACUCCGAGACAUGUGAGGUAACGGUCCAGACCGACAUCUUACAUAAUGAUGCGGUACUUUUUAAUUCAUGGAGGAAAACUGCAACAACAACAAAAACAGACAGCGCUGCUCCCCGAAGACACAUAAAACCCUCCGAACCAGAUGGAGUUUCCUUUUUAAUCGUCAGAGUGAAUAAAAUAAAGAGUGUGUUGUCAGGAGGAUGAGACGCUCCAUUUUUGAUGACUCAGAGGAAAAUGAAAACCUGUUUGUGUUUCAUUUGAUCUCAUUGAGAUGAAUUUUUAAAGGGAGAAGAAGUGGAAGCUCAUAAUUAACGGGGCUGAUCAAUAAUCAGGAAGUCAAACACCAAGAAAAAACAAAAACAUGUAAAAACAAACAUGUUGUAGUCAGGAUCUGAUGAAGUUCCAGUUUUUAGGAGAAAUCUUGAAUGUAAACUCGACCCCUCCCAACCAGUUUUCCCCUCAGCUCCUCCUCUCCCCUCAAGCCCCGCCCACAAACAGACGCUCCUGCUCGCUCGUAUCGUUCCAGUUAAAUUCAGAUAUAAUGCAGAUAAAUACUUCAGAUCAUUACAAAUGGGGCCCAGUCAAGGUGAAAGUCAAAAGCAUUGGUGCUACUGUAGAUGCCAACAGACUACCAGCAAACACAAUGUUUGCAGGACUUCUACAACGAGGAUAAAGUGACAUAGUCCAGGACCCGAGGGAGGACAGUUUAGCGAUGGCGCUACAACAUGCUACAGCAGGUCCGUUUGACAAGAAACACUUCUGUUACAGACACUUGUCUUACUUUGUUAAAGCGGUUUACCUGUCCAGCAGAAAGGUUACAGGGUCACCAAGAUCCCCAAGCGUCCCCCAUGGUUUAUGUUGACCCGGCUUUUUAGCUCUUGUCCGCUCUACCUCCGUUUUAAGCGCCCGUUAUUCCUCCAGAGUCUCCGGUAUUUACUUUGUUUUCUUGCUUGUGUCGGCAGUCGUGGCCAAAGGAGGAUUCAGACAAUUUUCCGAACUUUCUGGUUGGUUUCUACUGUCCGAUAUUGUAGCACGCUAACUUUGUUUGGGCUCCUGAACGACACGGGGGAGCAGCGUCUGCCUCACAACCAAUCAGGUUAGAGGAGGUGGAGAACGGCUUUGUUUACAGUCAGAAAGAGCGGACCGCUCAAAAAUGUUCAAAUGUUGACGACACAGACAUAAGAGAACACAGAGAUAUCGAUAUAUUACCAAAUGUCAUCAAUAACUAAUAACUAUUGACUGAUAUUGAAAGCUGUUUUGUGAAUACACCAUAAAAUAAAGAUCCUUCUUUAGCGGAUUCCUGCCUACUUCACCUUUAAAGUGAUUCAGAGUUAAAAAUAUCAGAUUGGCCUGUGGAUGAGGAUCAAAUGACCCCAGAAAGUCUCCAAAAGGAAUAAAGAAGGACUCAGACUGACAGCUGCGCCCUGCUGAGGGCAGCUUUAGUUUUGGUUGAAUAGUCUGUGUCUUGUGAUAAAGUUGUUUCAUGUGUUUCUCACUCUGAACUAAUGUCUGAUAACACAGUGUUUUGUUUUGUUUCCUAUUUUUAUUUAAAGUAUUUCUUCAUCUGAUUUGCUCGUGCGUAACACAAGAAGUCCAUAUUUGUCCGUCCAACCUGAACUGCUCUGAUUCUAACUCAGUCACAAGAGGAGAAAUGUCUGCAAAGCCUUUAGCACAAACCCUGUCCUCUCUCUGUGUCUUUUAUUAUUUCAUUUUCCAGGUUCAGUCAGAUAAGGACAGCGUCCCUCGGAGGAACGCUCCCGGCGUUCCUAUAAACAAGGACAAACCAGCCAGAAAGUUCGGUAAGAGAAAAGGAGACAGAAAAUAUGAGCGAGCGGGAAAAUGGAGAGACAGUCCGUUCAGUGAAAAAACGAGAGGAUGACUGCUUUUUCUUCUGAAUGUGUGUUUGUCACAGACCCGGUGGUUACCACUCUUCCACCCCCUGCUGGAGAGGUGGUGAAGUACUCCGCUCGGUCCUCAGAUCAUAUCGUCCCCAGCCAUGAUGUCCAAGGUACUUAACUCACUCAGCGCCAGAUUCAUUUAUGCAAUUUUUUGAUUUUAAUUUUUUUAGAAUUAAGUUCAAUAUCUCAAAAGAAAAGGGUGAUUCUCUUCUUUCACCAGGAAAAAAAGUUAAUCUCUAACCCACUCCUGUGUUUAGUUAUCGCCUCCUCAAUGCAGCGUGGUCGUAUCGUCUUUGCCGAUCUAUAAAAAAACAUUUUUAAGAAGGAGAAACUUUCGAGCAGAACUCUGAUCGUCUAUUUUAUUUAACUUCUAACUACUUUACCGACGGCAUCAAGCUCCUCCCUCCUCGGACACCACUCCUCGUCACUCUCCAGAUCAGAUAGUGAUAGGUCACUUUGAGACGGCUGGGAGUCAUAUUUGCUCUCGAGAACCUGACGGCGCAGCGUAAACCACACGGACCGCUCGCGUCCUCCUCGCCGUGACUGUCGCUGAAUUCCAGCUCAGUCUAACGCACCAGUAGUGGCACCAGCGGCAACGACACGCCGGAAAUCUCCACUGGAUCCAGAGACAGUAGCACCACGCCCACGGGAGCCAUUGCGCCAAGACCGUUAGCUCUUGGCUAAUGACUUUGGCGUUUUCCUAGAGAAAAAACACUCCACACCUAGGCUAAUGGGCUGAGCGUAUCGGCCGAUAUCUGAUGCCGAUUUAAUAAUACUGUUGAAUAAAUGAACUGUAUACCUUACCCCGAGAGUGAAGGCCUCAGGUUUGACAUUAGCCUUGUUAAAAAAAAAGGUAACAAAUUAACACAGUUACAUAUUUACCUAAUAUUAUUUAUCAACAAAUAACAAAUUGCUCAUUAGUACACAGCAAAAAGAAGUAAGACAUUCAUGUAUUGAAAGAAAAAUUAGUUAAAAGAAAAAAAAGACUGGAUCAGAACGCUGGAUCGGCUUCAGUCAACCGAUAUCUGAUCCAGUUAAUUUGUCAAUAUUGGAGCCGAUAUCCGAUCCAAAUAUCGGAUCGGUGCGUCCCUAGCGAGUACUUGUUUUUGUUAUUGUAACAUGGUUAUGACGUAUUUGUCGGCUUUUCUGCGUUCAGAACAACCCCAAACUUAGUUUCGUGUCGAGGAGGAGCGCCCUCUGGCGGGAAGCAAAAAAACCUAAAAAAUCCGUCAAAAUCCAUCGAUGGUACUGAAGGAGUUAAAUGUCGACUGUAAGGUGAUUUAUUUUGAAGCUGUUUGUUGGUUUGUGUUUGAGUUUGAAACAUUUGAUAAAACUCAGACUUGGUUUGUUCUUUUUUAUUACAGAAAUUAUCAAAAGGUACAACUCGCCACCGCCGCCGCCCGACGUUCUGCCUCCUGGAAAGAGGUACGGUGCCCCAAACACACACACACACACACACACACACACACGCACAGACUGAUAAGGGUUGAGCGCAGUAAUCAGAGUUUAAAUUGCUUGUAAAUACAUCACAGCAGUUGAUGCUAUCUUCUUCAGUCGGAGAAUUAACUGUGCAUACUGUAAAACCCCGGCUGCAACAAACCUCCAGCAGAUACCGACUGAGCACACAGCGCCAGAAUGAUUAUGUUUGCACAAAUUACACACACACACACAGAUUAUACACAAGACUACAUUUGUUGUUCCUGCAAACGGCGCUGUGUGGCGUGUUGACACUGUGAGGAUGUAUUUAGGAGACCUGAGGGGAAGUUUAAGAAGAAGCAAACUCCUCGUGACGAAGCUCUGCAAAUCCUCAAACCGCAGAUGGACAACCCUCCUGCUCCACAGGUACACAGAGAAACACACACACACACACACACACUUACUGAGAAUAACAAACCCUUGAGAAGUGUGACACAGGUGUGUGUGUUUGUGUCCUUCCAGCCCAAACGUCCUGUGGCGGCCUCACCGUCUGCAUCCGCCCCCAAAGAAGGAGGAGGAGGAGUCAAACCGACCAAGAGCAUGAAGACGAGAGCGCCUGAUCGGCCUCUCCCUAAACCUCCUCCAGGUACUCACACUCAGCGGCGACUCCGUUUAGAUCGCUCUCUCCAGCGCAGAUGUAGACGAUGGUAGCGGUCCAGAAAAGUCGUGUAAUGGACGGAUCUGUGUCAGCGAAAACCUAAACUCCAGUCCGGUAAAGGCAGAGUUCGUCGAAAAGCCCCGCCUCCUCAUGUUGGGGCGGGUGUCACUGUUCUAAAAGCAUCAGUUGAGCUAGAGCUCUAGUUUGAUGUUAAAAAUAGAUCAGCUGAUGACUCGAAGGUAAAAAAUAAAACUGACUGUUCCUUUAAAUCAGCGACUGGAACUCCUGACAAUCUCCACGAAAUCACAGCUCGCCUAAAACUCUGUCUGUACGAUGAUAAAUCUAACCCUUCAAAAUAAAAGCCCAGCAUGUUGCAAGGGUUUGGCUCCUCCCCUCAAACAGCUCUAACUUGCAGGGAGAGAAGGAGGAGAGAGAAGGAGGAGGAGAGAGAAGAGCAGGAAGAGGAGGAGAAGAAAGGAGGAGAGAGGAAAGCAGGGAAAGGAGGAGGAGGAAGAGAGGAGAAGGAUGAGGAGAGAGGAGAGCAGGGAGAGGAGGAGGAAGGAGGAGGAGAGGGGAAAGAAGGGAGAGGAAGAGAGGAAACACAGAGGAGAGCAGGGAGAGAGGAAAGCAGGGAAAGGAGGAGGAGGAAGAGAGGAGAAGGAUGAGGAGAGAGGAGGCGAGAGGAGAACAGGGAGAGGAGAAGGAUGAGAGAGGAGAGCAGGGAGAGGAGGAGGAGAGAAGAAAGAAGGAGGAAGAAGAGAGUAUGAGGAGAGAGGAGAGCAGGGAAGGGGGGAGGAGAAAGAGAAAAGGAGGAGGAGAGAAAAGAGCAGGAAAAGAAGGAGGAGGAAGAGAGGAGUAGGAGGAGAGCAGGGAGAGAAGAUAAGAGGAGGAGGAGGAAGAAGAGAGCAGGAAGAGGAGGAGGAGAGAGGAAAGCAGGGAAAUGAGGAGGAGGAAGAGAGGAGAAGGAUGAGGAGGGAGGAGAACAGGGAGAGGAGGUGGAGGAGAGAAGAGGAGGAGGAUGAGGAGAAAGAAGGCGAGAGGAGAGCAGGGAGAGGCAAAGGACGAGAGAGGAGAGCAGGGAGAGGAGGAGCAGGCCGGUGUGUGAGAGUCAGAAAAAUCCAGGUGAGAGCUGCUCCGAUCUUUGUCAUUAUUUCACUUCUCUACUUUCCUCCUGGUCAAAGUCGUUCCUGAUCGUAAAUCCUUUUUCUGUUCUCACUUUCUUCUGCUGUUCUCUUAAAAAAAAAAAGGAAAAAAAUAAUCUUCAUUUAUCAUUAAUCAAAUAUUUUUGGAGGAUAUAUUUUAAAGCACACCUUGAUUUUUCUUAUAGAUACUCCUCACUGUCACCAAAUAUCUAUACUCAGUACUACAGCGCCUCUAGUGGUCAAUAAUCUAACAUGUACAGUAACUCCUGAGAAAAAAGGACUUAUCGACUGUCACAAAUCAGUGUGAUCACAUUUUGACGAUCAAGUCUGAAUAUAUUUAAAUCCUGCAGAAUAAUUCAGACUUCCAGGUUCCUCGCUGGUCUGCGGGUCAUCUGAGGAACAAAGACCUGCAGGAGUUAAUUUUCAAGGUCACAUGAUCAGAUAUAGGAGAGAACAAAAGCCCACAGAGCGUUGUCGUGGCGUCACUCAGCGCCGACCUUCGACAAACACCCAGCAGACAUCACUUUGUGCUCAGAGGACGUCCCCGGUUAUUAUUCUGCAUAAAUUCUGCUGUGAAUUGAACCAAACUGACACUUCCCCUCAUUUACUCACCCACACAAAAAUAUCAAGUCUGUUCGCUGAUAAUUUACAUGUGCGAAGUCAAGGUCGGCGGCGACCGCAGAGAGACCGUCGAACAGGGACACGCUCGCCCUCACAGCAGGCAGGUGGCAACGCGCCACGACAUCUGACAGGUAGAUCGGCAGCUUGUGAAAACACAUCUGUCCUGUCGUGUUGUGGGCGCUUGACCUCAAAGUGUAAACGACAUCAGAACGAUGUCGGCGAAGAGGAGAAAUGAAGACAGAGUGUCGUAAAGCGGGACAUCUACAGAUUCAGAAAGUCCAGAAAACAGUUCAGGUUUUCCUAAAACACGAUCCUCUUAUUUCACCUCCUGUGUUCCUCCUCAGCCUCAGACUCCUCUCACCUGUGGGUGUAACGGAGUAAAGACCUGGCGUGGAGACGGUUGGUCCCAGAACGCUGGAGCUAAGUGAUAAGGUGUCGUGAGCCCACUUUGAUGAAACACCAGUGAAGGGAGGAGCCCGUCUGAUAACCUCGGUGAUACAGCGGCCCUCUCUGCCCCUCUGUCCUCAUCUAUCUUCACUUUUGGGUUUCAGGGGAAUCUCAGGAGUGGUGUGGUCGGUUAAAAAAUCUGCCAGUAGGGAAGUCCAGAUUCAAUCCAACUUUUUAAUCUGAGGAGAAAAAGAAGAAGAACUUUAUUGAUCCCUGAAGGGAAAUUCAGAGUCCUGCCCUGGAUAAUAGAUCUGCACACUAUCUUUUCCUUUUUUAGGUUGUAAUAAAUUAACUUACGUAAACACGAUAACUAAAAGAUGUCUCCAGUUCGCUCCAAAGUGAGACGUCGGGCGAACGUCAGAGCUCCAACUGUCUGUAGAAAUGCUGACAGCAGCCAUACUGUGUUUUUAAUCUCCUCGUAUGUCAUCACACGCUUUACUUCAGCUCUAAUCGGCGUUCUGGGUUUGUGAUGUAAUAAUUUACAGACAGUUCAGAAGACAGAAACACAAACCAAACUCAAUAUGUUUCUGUAGAAGUGGAUGAAGCUCAACAAUCGUGGCCAUCAACUGAUUAUUUCCACCCUGCUGACAUCUUAGCCAAAGGUUUCCAGGAUCAGGACGGGAAUUAAGAACCGAUUCUUGUUGAGAACUGGUUCCAAAUGGUUCAAUCCAUCGACAUCAUUUACAUCUUAUUUUAACGUUUCCUUCCUUCUUGGUGCCUUAAAAAACGGUCUCGCAAGAGCCGACCUACGCGAACGAGAACAGAGACUUUGAGGAAAAAAAAACAUUGCAGACGGUACGAAAAGUCAGCAGAAACGAUCUAAAGCAUCACUUCAUUUUACUAAGAAAGACGACAACAGUGCGACGUUUGUCGAGCUGUGAUAACAUGUAAAGAUGGAAACAGCAGCAACACGCUUCAACAUUUGUCAACGAGGCGCAGCGACAAAUAUAAGGAGUCACAUGUGUUCGAUGAUCUUCACCGGUCGUCAGACGCUGCCUCUUCGUUUCAACACGUCAUGUAUGUCCUGUUUUAACAAAAGCUCACUGCAUGUCCGACUUAACAGCGUAUUAUGUAUUUGACUUAAUACCGACCGAAGAAACGCUGUACAAACAGUUUAUCGUUUCAUUAUUUUUAGACUCUCACUGAAGGUGACAUACGUCUUUUUCUGUCAUCAGAGACUCAAUCAAAUUUUGAGUUAACGAUGAAAACUAAUAGGGCUCUACUUUCGCGCUCGCCGACGGCAUGGUGUAGGCGCGGCGUGAGUCAAGUCCGCCAGAUCAGAUAUAGAUAAAUAUAGAUAUAGAUCAGACUAUAUCUAUAGAUGUAAAUGUAUGUGCUGACUCAGAAUAUCGGUUGUUGUUGAUUAUUUAUCUCACUGAAAUGCGUCUGAAACUGUGGAAACCUGCCGGUGAGGCCGGUGUUGAAAUGUCGAGAUGGUUUCUUCACCGAGAACUUAUCCUGUCAUUAGAGUUCUACUACAAAAAAUCAAAGUUCUCUCUCAGUGCGGUUUUAUUCCAAACAAAGGGCCUUAAGAGGAGGAGAGACUAACAAAUACUGAUGUUUCUGUCGUAGUUUCUCGAGAGCUUCCUGUGGAGACGGAGACCAUCCUGACACAGCUUCAUCAGAGCACCAACGAAGAGCACUACACCUACACUAAUGUUCCCUGGAGACUCUACCUCAGAAAAGAGGUGGGUACAGACAGAAACACAGACCCGCUCACUGUCAGACUGCCUGUUUUCUCUUCUUCUAGUUCUGUGAGUAUUUUCCUGUCGUUUGCAGGUUUUUUAUCCCAAAGACAGCUUCAACAAUCCUCUGGUGCUGGAUCUCAUCUUCAAACAGGUGGGACUUCAGAUUCAGAUCCAUUCAUUCACCUUCUCCACCGUUUUUUACCUGACGACAGUCGAACCUCAGACUGAACAAACUAAAUAAUUUCUGCGGCUGCCUGUCCUCCGCUCUCUUCCGCAGAUCGUGAACGACACUCUGUCAGAGGCGUGUGUUCGGAUCACCCGGGAUGAAAGGCAGAAAAUGAAAGCUCUGUUCGGUACUCUUUCUCUUCUCUGAGACUGACUCCUCUAAUCCAAACACAUCUCUUUGACAUUCAUGAGCUCAUCUGUAUGCUCGUGUGAUUGACAGCUAAACACGGCGUAGAGCAGAAUAUGGAUCCAGUGGAGGAGCACGUGAAAAAAACAAUCGUGACAGCAGCCAGGGAAACGUGGGAAAUUUACUUCUCCCGUCUGUUCCCCGCAUCGGUGAGAGCGAUAAUCCCCAGAGGAGAAUAAUUACUGACGGUGUCAUGUUUCUGUUUUUUAUUGAACCUCCCUGAUGUGUGUGUGUGUGUGUGUGUGUGUGUGUGUGUGCAGGGUAGUGUGGGAACAGGUGUGCAGGUCCUGUCUGUGUCCCACAGCGGUAUCAAGCUGCUGAAGACGGUGAAAAGCAGCGCUGCAGCCCCAGACUACUUCCGAGUGCUCCGACCUUACACGUACGUGCUGCUGACUCUGACUCUGUUCACACGUCUUUGGUCGAGUUUGGAUCUUUAACAACGCAGCAGAAUAAUAUUAAUGAUUUUAAUGAUUCUUUCAGAGAAAAUAUCUGUAUUUAAGACUCGAUUAAGGUCCAGAAUAAACAAACAAAUGAAGCCAUUUUAUAACUACAGCCCUGUUUUCUUGAAGUGCAUGUUUGACUCUGACAAACUCCUGCACUGUGAGUCAAACACAACAAAGAGAUUGACCGAGUACCUAAAGUUUGAGUGAAGCAGACAGAGUUUAAUAAACAUCAUUAACUAAAUAUAAAUAAUCCAAAUGAUGUCAGACUGGGUACAAAGUUAAAUAAAAGUUUCAAUAAAACUACAUAAAAGUCCAGAAACAGAAUUUUAAAAAAUUAAUGUGUGUAAAUAUUUUUAAUGUUCCUCUUUAACUCCGACUCUCCAUGAGGAAUACUAAAACCAAAAACCAGCAUUUAAAUAUUUAAGAGAUGCAGCUCUGCAGAGUUUUUACAGCCUGAAUGAAACUAAAAAACGUGUGUAAGCUAGGGCUGCACGAUUAAUCGAUUUUAAGUCAUAAUCAGAUUAUUCGAUUAUGACAAUGUUAAAAGAAUUAAAGUCAUCAAAUCGAUUUUCCUCUCUAUCAUGUGUAAACAAACAUGGCGUUUGCAAAUGAAGGCGAUAAUUUCGUGGUUAAAUAGGACAAGAGCGAGUCAGUCGUGUUGAAUUGGUACGACUUCACAGUUUCAGAUGAAGAGUAAACCACUUACUGGCUUUUUGGCAUAUGAACUACAUCAUUUUUAAUGGUUUCAUUUUGAGAGAUGAUAGAAAAUCAUGAACUGAAUAUAAAAUUGAAAUCGAAAAUCAAGUUUAUAGAGAAAAAAUCGUGAUUUAAUUUUUGUCCAAAAUCGUGCAGCCCUAAUAAUUAUGAAAGUAACUUCAGACAGUUUUGUGUUUUCACUCCUUUGUUCUGGAGAUAUGAGUCGUUAUCCGAUCCUGUUUCUCUCUGCUUUGAUUUUUUAGGUAUGCAGACAUCUUGUUCGUUACCAUCCCCUCUGAGAACAUGCUGGAGUUCAACCUGACCAAUGAGAAGCUGAUCCUGUUCUCAGCCAAGGCACCACAGGUCAAACAUCUCAUCGACACCUUCAUCAGUGAGAUUAAAAAGGUACAACAUGCAUCUGCACACGCACACGCACACUCUGCACACACAAACGAGCUCUGUCAUUUACUGCAGGAUAAAUGAGGAUCUGCAGAAACAAUGAUGUGCUUUUUUUGUAUAUAAUAAAAAUAAAUCCAGAUUUUGAUCGUCCAAAAACAAACACUUUCUCUUUUUUAAGUACUGACAGUGAGAUUUGAGCAAAGAUUCGAUCCGUCUGACUGUUUUUAUCACAUAUAAAAUGAGACAGACUGGUGUUAAUGUGAAAACCUGAAGGCAGCCUCUAAGUCCUGGGAUUGUUUGAACACAUUGUCUCUCUUUCUGCGCCCUCAGGACUCCGACUACGUGAUCGCAGAGCGAAACUUUGUGACAGACGACCGCUCAAUGCUCAAUUUUCACAAAGGUGACGUCAUUCGGCUGCAGGUUAUGGACGGGCUGGAGAGAGGUGAGAAGCGGUGGUACACAAAGAAUAAAUCCUGUUUUCCUGGCGAUCAAUCAAUGAUCCGAGAGCAUGUGUGUGUCUGUGUGUGUGUGUGUCUGUGUGUGUGUGUGUUUAGGUUACAGCUACGGCUGUGUGGUGAGGAAGAAGGUGGUGUUUUUGGAGGAGCUGAAAAGAGACACUCAGGACUUUGGUGAGUGGAUCAUUCAUGCAAAAACAAACCAGGAUCAUCCUUUUCCUCCGUGUCUGAUUAUAGAAAGCAGAUGUUUGUUUGUGUGACGGCCGGGGCUCGACAAAAAAGAAAAAAAACAAGGUGACAUUUCAAGUUGACAGCUUUGAGAGAUUUACUAACCUGGACCCCGGAGGUGUGAUGAAGAUAUUUUAAGCCACAGAGAAAUAGGUGCAGCGAUGUUGACAGCGCCUAAAGCACUUUUUAGAUAAAAAAUUGUAUCAGAAAAUUAUUUUUCAAAUGGGAGAUGGCAAGGCAAUUUCAAAAUAUUGAUUCGUGUCAUUUCUUUAGGAGAGAACAGAUCACAGAUGAGACGAAGUCACGAUCGAUCAAUCAGCAGAUACAGAAUAGGUCCAGAUCAGAGUGUGCUCUUUUACACGUUUCUCUAAUUUACCCUCAUGAUUUCACUUUUCUUUAAACUCGGAUAUUUGACUUCCAAACUGUUUCCAUAACAGUCAAGUUUUAUGAACUAUAAUCCAACUCAAACUCCCUGAGCUGAAACACUGUGGUUCACAGAGAGUGGUGAAGUCAAAAACCUCUGUGAAGGGUUACACAUGAUAUGAGUCCACUCUGUAGGGAUCAGCUGAUGUAGAAGAACGGCACCUUUCACAUCCAAACAGACCUUUAGUUUACAGAUGAAGAGACAGAGAUUUAACCAAAAGGUAGAAUUAAGAUCUUGCUGCUUGUUAAUGUGAAAAUAAAUCUGACACUGAAUAAAAAAACAAUUUCUUCAAAUAAGAAAAACCUCUCAAUUCAAAAAGAAUAUUUUUCUUUCACUGCUGGCAGAUUUUUUUUCCCUCAGAAGCGAUUAAGGUGUAAAAUCGUAAAAUAAGACUUAUCUGGAUUUGUCAGGUGAAUGUGUCUUAUUUUUAGUCUUUUCCCUUGAAACCAGACAAAACGACAGACUCGCUUAUUUGGACUUUUUGCUGGGUUAGCGAAAGGGAAACCCUCAGUGAAAAACAGAAAUCACAGGCUGAAAAAAAGAGGAAUAAAAACACGGCAAAGAAAAGCCGGUCUAGUCAGGAGCACUUUCGUCUGGAAGAAGGAUGAAUAAUUUGCAUUCUAAGUUAUAUUUAGCUGUAUGGUUCUGUCCUGAGAGCUGAUUCACUGAGGUGCAUUAGAGAGGAGAAAACCCCGACUGCAUCACAAGAACAUCAACAUUAACAAAAAACAACAAGCAGGGAAGAGCAGCAAUAAAGACAAGAGCAGAGCGGGAAUCAAUAUCUACGAUACUGGUACUUAUCAAACUGGUACUUAUGAUACUGGUAAUAAUAGAACUGGUACUUACGGUACAGGUUCAUAUGAAACUGAUACUUAUGGUACUGGUACAUAUGAUACUGGUACAUCCAAUACUGGUACUUAUGGUACUGCGCCAAAUGAUUCUGGAACUUAUGGUACAGUUACAUAUGAUACUUAUACUUAUGUUACUGGUUGAAAUGAUACAAAAACAUAUGAUACUGAUACAUGUGAUACUGGUUCUUAUGGUGCUGGCACACAUGGAACUUGUACUUAUGGUACUGGUACAUGUGAAACUGGUACAUGUUAUACUGGUACUAUGGUACUAGUACUCAUGAUACUGGUACUUCUGAUCCUAAUACUUAUGCUACUGGUGCUAAUGAUACCAGUACUUUUCGCACUAGUAUGUAUGAUACUGGUACUUAUGGUACUGGUACUUAUGAUACUGGUGCCUUUGACAUCUAUGUAUAUGAUACUGGUAUAUAUGAUUCUUGUUCAUAUGAUACUGGUACUCAUGAUACUAAUACUACUAUACUGGUACAUAUGAUACAAGUACAUACUUAUGAUAUAGUACUGGUACAUUUAUGAUACUGGUACUAAUGGUACUGGUACAGGCACAGCCUGAAGUAAGAAGGAAGGUUUGAGGGGAAGACGGGACAGUAAUGAAUGUCUGAUAGUUCAGCUGAUGUUCAGUGUUCUGACCCCUGACCUCAUGACCCUCUGAACUGACUCUGUGUUCAGUUUGGCUGCUGACUUUAUUCUGUUCAUUAAGAGGACCAAAAAUAAUCCUAAGGCGUACAUAAUGUGAUAAUUCAGAGGAGGGUUUCAGUGAAGUAAGAAGAGAUUUCAGCUCAGAUUAGGCUAACACUGCCGUGAGUCGAUGUAAGUCAAUACGAUGUACUUACAAGUUGUAGAAAUAUCCACUUGGAAGUAUCUAUAAUUAGUCUUAAGCCCGUAUUAAGUGCAGGGUUAUCAUCAUGGGCCCUGAGGAAAGUCCAGUUUUAUAAAUGAGGCGAGCUGACAGAUAAGAAUCAGACUGUUUAAAUGAAUUCUGACCUGCUGCUGUCUAAAGAAGAGGGAGAUAAGAGCUGCACGAUUUCUUACUCUCCCUGCUCUGCAUGUGUGUGUGUUUUUAUCCGUGUGUGUGUGUCAGGCUGGAAGUUCGGCGCCGUGUUCAGCCGCUCUGGUGCUUUCCCGGCUGAAUGCGUCCAUCCCAUCGCCGCUCCAGACUUCCUGUCACUGCCUCUCGACCGCAAGGCCGAGCCUCGAGGAGGAGCGGGACAGUUUGCUGUGUCAUCAGCUGUUGCUGUCGCUGUAGCAUCGACCAUGGCGGCACACGAGAUAGAUCAAACAAUAGAGGUACACAGUCAGCCGGGGACACACACACACACUCACAUUUGGUGUUUCCUUUUCCCCCCCGUCAGUCAAAAUGAUCCGAGUGUGUCAGGUUGUUUUCACCGUCACUCUUGUCAUUUCAGAGGGUUUCUCUUGACGGCUUUGCUGACGGAGAGCUGGAUGAGAGGGCGCUGCAGGACAGUAAAUAUGACAUACUGGAGUUCGCCAAGAAGUACUUCAGACAGCCGACCGGCGUGAAGGGGUGAGAGCAGAGGAGAGCGCACACAGGAGACCCUCACAAACACACACCUGAAGUCCAGCCAGGGGGAGAGUACAAAUAUAUACAAACAACUACACCAUUGUAAUGUAGUUUUUUAGUACUAUACAUGUAUUUCCUAAAUUUUUAGUGUAGUUUUUAAAGGUUUAAGAUGCAGUCAUGUGGUCAGCUACCUCAGAGGAAAUUCACACUGAGGGAUAAAGUUUACAUCUGGAUUUGUUUUCCAUCAUUACUUUGGUUUAUUUGAUUUGUAUAAAAUGAUCAGAGUUAGUAGUUUGGAUGAAAGUGAAAAUAUUUCUGCCAAAGUCUCAAGUUUUCAGCUUCAGUAAUAAUCAGUUUAAAAUGAAUAUGAAACCUGUAGUUUCAGGUUAAAUCAUGACAUAAUCAAACAUCUUCCUAUUGUUAGGAUUGAGAGACCCCUUGUGGCAGAAAUCACUUACUGUAGCUUUAAGAGCUGGAGAUGCUGCUCACCCAAAGUCUGCCUAAUUUGUGUCAUAAAUAUGAUGUGUUACAUUACAAAAAAACUAGAUUUAAAAAUAUAUAUACAAACUUGUUUUUUUUUUGUAUCAGUGGAAAUAUCAGAAAACGUAGGAUUGCUUCUCAUUGAGGGUUUAAAAGUUAAAUGCAAAUAUUAGUUAGAGCAGAGGACGUCAGCACUGAUCUGUAGAGCGAGUGAACCCACCAUGACCGAAGUCAGUCAGGGAGAUCGGAGAUGAAGAGACAUGGUGACAGGAGCAAAGUGACACAGAAGCAGGACCAGUUACCUGACAGGUGAGGAGGAGGAGUUAUGAUGCCCUUUCAGAAAACUGGUUAUGAAUGCAGCGCAGACACUAAUCAACUGUCAGCAGCUAAAAUAUGAAGUCUGAGUGUCGUUUUUCAAAGGCAGCCAGCACUAAAAGAUGUGAGUGUGGACCUGAAAAACAGAACCAGAACCAGCUGAUGGUGAGGUGUUUGAGGAGGACUUUUUUUUACUGGUUAGAGGAGCUGAAAGUGAUUCCUCGGUCUGACAUUCAGAAGCAGAGUGAGACCAGGCGGGAGAUUUCUCUGCUGCUAUUGUUAAAGUGAGGAGGAGGAGGAGGGUGAGUGGGAAGGUGUCAGACCGGAUGAUUGAGAGCAGGUUGGAAAAAAGAUUUUUCUUUUUUUUUUACAGUGACUCACAGCGAGUAAAACUGAGUUUUUGUCUAAAAACACACGUGACGAGAACAAGAGGCGUCAGCAGGGGGCGCUAAAAUAUUCACACUGACUAAAAGUUCCCAUAGACUCUAUAUACUCUAGACAACUUGGUUCCACCUUCUGCCAGAAUUUGAAGCUGAUUUGCUCUCAGAAUUUCCGGGUUUUUUUCUCCACUUACUGGAAACAACCAUAGACUGUAUAUAACACGGACAGAGUCUGCCUCCUCACUGGGUAAAGCCACUCUGACAACAGCACCCUCUGGUGACGGGCUGCAGUAUAGGUCAUAAAUCCCGCCUCCGCCAGCAAAGCUUAUGGAGCUGUGGACAAACUUUAUAAAUUAAUUACACAGAGUAUAAAUGUUUCUUCCUCCGGUUAAUGUCUUUCUAAGGUUUAUCCACAGCUCCAUAAGGAGGCGGGGUUUAUGACCUAUACUGCAGCUCGUCACCAGAGGGCGCUGUUCUCACUGUGGCUUCACCCAGCGAGGAGGCAGACGGCGUCCAUUCUAUAUACAGUCUAUGAAAGUUCCGCACAGCAGCUUUUAGCAACAUCAAAAAUUAGCCUCAUCGAGAGCACGUUCAAUUAUUUUUUUACAUGUGUCGAAAAUAUAAUUUAACUUUGUCCUCGUUUUAUUCAAUAAUUUUGUAUUUAUUAUUAUUUUAUUUUCAACUUGAUUUUUUUUUUACGAUUUUUACGAUUAAGUUUUUCAGUGGUCUUAUUCCAAUGAAUGAAUUUAGCUAAAUGAAUAUUUAUAUUUAGAGAACAAUGUGGGAUUUUUAUUAACUAUUAUAAAAUAGCAUAACAAUAAAGACAGUACACCAAAAAACUUGUUAUAACUGAUUGAUUGACUCAUUGGUGGUAUUGAUUUAAAAACAUUUGUGGUCUGGUCCUCUUAAUUCUGUGUUUAUCUACGGUUUAGUUUGUCAGUCUGUUAAUUCACCAAAAAUGUGAUAUUAGUUUAGUGUUAGUCUGCCCGCGUUCAACAGAAUUAAAGAAUUAUUUAUGAGAAAUAUGAGGGGGUCUAUUCUUACAUGGUAGUUUUAGGGUUAGGUUAAACAGUUAGGUACCUCUCUCUGUACUGUAAUAACUGUAGGAAAUGUACUCCGAACCUUUCAGAGUACAGUCAGGUUUUCAUGUCCGUCUGUUCUUUGUCCCUGGAUUUGUUGUCAGAGAUUCCCUGAAGGGCAAAAGCAGCAGAAACAGAGACUCCAGAGAGCCCGCUGAAAUGAUCAAGUUCUCAAAGGUGGGUGGUUCAUCCUGCUGCUCUUCAAACAUCGUCUUGGUUUUUUUCUGAUUGGCCUCAGACUCGUUAAUAAUCAUAGAUUGAUCAGCUGUGAUUUCCUCCUCCCUCCUCUCCAGACUCCUCUGACAGAGUCUCUGAUCGAGUUUACAGAUGUAGCCAUGAACAGAGUGGCGGCAGACCUCUUCCUCUGUAAGUUCGCUCCUCUAAUUACAUCAUCUUCUUUCAUCACUCCCCCCCACCCCACUGUCGUCUUCAUAUAAGACUGUAACCACUCAGGAGACGCAGCGCUCUCAUCCCGGUGACUUCAAUAACGCAGAUCUCUGUGUGUGUGUUUCUGUGUGUGUACAUGUGUCAUGUUUGGUCGUUCCUGCAGCCGUGAUGCGGUUCAUGGGUGACUCUCCAUUAAGGGGAUCAACAGAACAGGAAGUGGUCAGCACUUUCCUCAAGGUGAACACAAAUUCACACAUUUACCCCUCUACAAACACGUCUGUGGAUUUGUAAGUGUGUGUGUGUGUGUGUGUGUGUGUCCUCUCUUAUAUGUGUGUGUGUGUUUCCUUUCUUAUAUAUUUGUAAGUGUGUCCUAACAUAUAUCUAUGUCAGUGUGUGUCCUCUCUUAUAUAUUUGUUAGUGUGUGUGUGUGUGUCCUCUCUUAUAUGUGUGUCUGUGUGUGUGUUUCCUUUCUUAUACAUUUGUAAGUGUGUCCUAACAUAUAUCUAUGUCAGUGUGUGUCCUCUCUUAUAUAUUUGUUAGUGUGUGUGUGUGUGUCCUCUCUUAUAUAUUUACAUUUGUGUGUGUGUGUCCUGUCUUAUACAUAUAUUUGUGUAUGUAUGUGUCUUUUAUAUAUCUGUCUGUAUGUGUCCUCUCUCACACAUAUAUUUGUGAAUGUGUGUGUCCUCUCAUAUAUUUGUGUACGUGUGUCCUCUCUUAUAUAUUUAUGUGUGUGUCUUCUCUUAAACAUAUAUUUACGUAUGUGUGUGUCCUCUUAUGUAUAUGUGCGCUUGUGUGUGUCCUCUCUUAGGUAUGUAUAUGUGAAUGUGUGCACCCUCUCUUUUAUACUUGUGUGUGUGUGUGUGUGUGUGUGUGUGUGUGUGUGUGUCCCCUCUUGUGUGUAUACAUAAAUAUAUAUAUAUGUGUGUGUGUGUGUGUGUGUGUGUGUCCGUCCCCUCUUAUACAUAUAUAUGUGUAUGUGUGUGUGUCCUCUCCUUUAUACUUCGGUGUGUGUGUGUGUGUCCCCUUUUAUGUAUACAUGUAUAUGUGUGUGUGUGUCCCCUCUUCUGUAUAUAUAUGUGUAUUUGUGUGUCUUCCCUUCAGCUCAUCGGAGAGUUCACCCUGAUGCGGGAUGAAGCUUACUGCCAGCUCCUCAAACAGCUUACUGCUAACACCAGCUCCAAACCGUACGUCUCCUCUAACACGGUUACAACAUACACACACACAUACAUACACACAUACAUACACACAUACAUACAUAUGGACCCCCACAUCCCACCACACACACUCUCCUCCCUGCUCCUGUAAUCCUGAGUGUGUUCAUGCUCUCCUACAGAGAUAGUUGCCAACGAGGCUGGAGGCUGCUCUACAUCCUGACCGCCUUCCAUCGCUGCUCUGAGGUCCUCAAACCCUUCCUGAUCAAAUACCUGCAGCAGGCUUCUCGCAGCGCCGGCGCUCAGUAUCAGGGUAAAACGAAAACGCACACUUUCAUGGAGUGAAAUGAUGUCCACACGACCAAAACCACAAGAGUGUGUAAUGUGUGUUUAAUUGGUCAGGAAUCGCUAAAGCGUGUGAGCAGAACCUGAAGAAGACUUUCCAGUACAGCGGUCGCAUGGUUUCACCCAACAGCAUGGAGCUGAAGGCCAUGAUGGUCAGUGAGAGUUUUUCCUUCAAUGAUGUUUGGAGAUGUGAACGAUCAGAUCCGCUGAUGUCUUUAUGUCAUUAAAAUAAGCCGUUAAAACUGAAAUUAACUUUUACAAGAACAGCAUCACAUGCUAUCUCCAUCUUCGUAUGAUUUAAACUGACUGUAAUACACAGCUACAGAACAAACCCAGUUGUUUUACUGAAUACCAACAUGCAGGAGACCUUCAGGAUAUGUAGUCAUACAGGAAAAAACUCCUCAAUGUGGAUUUGCAGCAACCAGAAAAAUACUUGAGAUUCCCAGCGUCCAGUUGUUUCUGCCUCCUUGUUAUCACCGAGAUAAGUGAGCGUGUUCACAUGGUUUGGUGUCAGCUGAGAGCACAGCGGGGUCACUAUCAGUCCAGGGGCAGAGACACACUCAGAAGACUCUGACACUGUUUGUUCCUGGGAUUCAGAGAUACAGUCUGAGAAAGUUCUCUGUCGCAUCGACUCUCUACUUUGUGUCCCUCUGGGGGGUGGGAUGGAGACUGAAUUUUGCCCCUGAAAUCUGGGCUAAUGUCCUAUAAACAUUUCUCACCUCUGUGUCUCUGUCCACGCUGGAAGAAGAGCUGAAUGUCUGAGUCGGGCACAACGCUGUAUCACAGAUGAGGUUGAAUAAACGUGUCGCUUGUUUUUACUUUUUAUCGGAUUUGAUGAAUGAAGAAAAUAAAGAGUCAUGAAACAGAUCCAAUCAUGUUUGGAAAUGAAGCAGACGGUUUUAACACCGUGUCAGUGCAGACAUCCAAACAUCAUAAAACCACAGUGUGAAAUGUAACUGUACAGUGAACACUCACAGGAGUGUGUGUCUGUGCGUUUUCAGGCGGGACGCAGUUCAAAACGACAGCUGUUCCUCUUUCCAGGAGGCAUCGAACGUCACGCCAAAAUCAAAACCUGCUCUGUGAGUUUUCAGUCACUGUUGGCACUUCACUACUGCUGUCUGUCUGUCUGUCUGUCUGUCUGUCUGUCUGACUGUCUGACUGUCUGUGCAGAUGUGUCUGUGAUAUAAAUGUGUUGUUGUUGUUCCUCAGGUUGCCCUGGAGGUGAUUGAGGAGCUGUGUUAUGAGAUGGGUUUACACAGACUGGAGGCCAUAGAGGAGUACGCCAUAUUUUUAGUCACAAACAGAGGUGCGUUCACAGACGUUUGCCUCAUCCUCUCUCUCUCUCUCCCACACAAACACAUUUGAAAGGUUGCAUAAGUGCGUGAAGUCACUCACCUUGUUGUGUGGUGAAGCUGAGCCGUCCGCUCACAGAUCCCGUUUCAGACUCUUCUCUGGUUUCCAGCUGCAGGAGAAAGUCUCUCAUGUUCAUGACAGAAUAACAAGAGGCGGCUGACAAUCACAACACCGCGUCUCUGCCAAUAACAACCCAAAACACACGGCGCCGCUUUAUUACCCUCCACGGUGGGAGGAACACACUCCUCAUUUGCAUACUUGAUCUCAUUUUUAGGAGGCCACACGUGAACCGUGGAACACAGACAGGAUAAGAGUUUACACUAGAUCACAGCAGUGACGUCUUUAUGUUCAGCGCUGCGAGCGACGACACCGACUCUGUCCUUGAAGCUCUCACACAGGCCUCUUUGUGUUGGUGUGUGUGUUUUUUUCUGCCCUUGUUUGGCAUUAAAUAUCUCCACAUGAUUACAGCUGGCAGCUGCUCUUGUUAGCGUACUAUUCAGAAGCACAGCGGGUAACACAACAUGUGGCUACACGAGUACUGGCGCCUUGUUUGAAGCGGUAAUUUGGAUGAAUUUUGGCUGAUUUUUUUUGGCAGUUAAAAGUCAGACACUGAAACUGAGUGCAGGUUUUUAAUCCUUUAUUUAUUAAAGCGACACAGAGAAGAAGGAGACGAUUUAAGUGACUUUAUUUCUGUGCGUUUGUUUAGGUCAGAAUGUGCGUCCUCUAAACAAACACGAGUACAUUCUGGACGUGGCGACGGAGGCGGAGUUAGUGGACACAAACUACAGCUUCUGGUUCAGACGAGUCAUCUGGACUCAGACGCUCAAGUUUGAGAACGAGCUGUGUGUGGCCACGCACUAUAACCAGGUAUGACAGGUGCUGUUUUACAGACACGUGGUAAAUACCGCACAGACAGAUGUGUGUAAUUGUUGUGUUUGUGUGUAUUCAGAUCCUGCCGGACUACCGUAAAGGCCUCCUGAACGUCCUCCCACAAGGAAAAGUGAGCGAUCAGCAGUUCCAUCAGAUCUCCAAACUGGCGUCUCUGCAGCACAGAGCCAAGGACAUCAUCUUCAUCCCCAGCAUGUGAGCAAACUAACGGACCUGGCUUGUUUUCUGAUGAUCGUCAAAACAAACUCAGUCAGCAAACGGAUCCUCAGAUAUUUAUCAUUCAGCACUACAUGUGAUCUUUUUAUGGGAUUGGACGUACUAUAACGGGGUUCAUGAGUCCAAAUUCAUUUGAAAUUAAAAAAACAUGAAACGUCAGAGGAAUAGAGGAAGAUUUUUUUAAAGGUGCAUUAAGGGGGAAAUAAAUCUCAGAGUUGGGAGAGGGAGGUCAAAAAUCUGAAAGCUGAUUCAUAAUUAAAGCUUCAAAUUAAGAGGGAAGAAACUGGAAUUUUCUCUUAGAUUAAAAAAAGGAAAUAAUGGAUUUCAGAGGAUAUAAAACUUUCACAAGAGAAAAACUAAAAUGUUCUUGAUGAGAGUGAGUCAUCAUUUUAUAGGAAAAGAUCAGUCUGCUGUUUAAGCUUUAUUUUUUUUAACCUUCUGCCCAAAUGCACAGAAACAAUACAGCAGAAAAAAUAAAUAAAGUAUGUCAGACAAACUUUGAAUUACGACAGAGUAUAAGGGUCAUAUAAAGAUAAAAAAUGUAAGACCAAAAGAUCAGAGUAGUUUACUUAUGAGGAAAAAAGUCAUUACCAAUGGGAAUAAAGUCAUUACUAACAAGAGUUAAGUCAUGACUAUUGAUAUUAAAGUCAUUACCAAUGGGAAUAAAGUCAUUACUAAUGAGGCCAAAGUCAUGACUAACAAGAAUAAUGUCAUUACUUAUUAGGAUGAAGUCAUCACUAAUGAGAAUAAGUCAUUACUAAUGAGGAUAAAGUUGUAAUAAAGUCAUUAUUUUUGAAAAUGUAAGAACAGUCAUUACCAAUGAGAUUAAAGUCAUUUCUAAUAAGGGUAAAGUAAUUACUGAUGAGAAUAAAGUCAUUUCUAAUUAGUGUUAAGUCACAACUAAUGAGAAAAAAGUCAUUACUCAUGAGAAUAAUGUUCUAACAAAGUCAUUAUUUCAAGAAUAACAUAAUUACUAAUGAGGAUAAAGUCAUGACUUAAUAGAAUAAAGUCAUUACUCAUGAAAGUAAAGUUAUUACCAAUGAGAAUUAAGUCAUUACUUACAAGAAUAAAGUCAUUACUAAUGAAGUCAUUAAUUACAGGAAUAAAGUUUUAAUUAAAUUAUGUCUUUAUUCUCUAAGUGAAGGACUUUAAUAUUGAAGUCUCAAUUUUAAUACUCUGUCGUAUUUAAUAAGUUUGUUCUCUUGUGAAAUCUCACCUUUGACCUUUAUACAGCAGUACGAUCAAACAUCAGUUUAACUGGCAGAGAGAGGGACACUCAUCAGCCACAACAUUAGGAUAGGUGAAGUGAAUAUCUCUGAUUAUCUUGUAGCGGUGACACCUGUCAGCGAGUCUGAUAUGUGAGGCGGAGAGUGAUCAUUUUGUCCUUGAAGCUGAUCUGUUAGAAGAAGCAGAAGAAUGACAGACUGUAAACAGGCGAGUAACUUUGAUGGAAAAACUCCAACGCUGCAGCUCUGUGAGGUUUUCUCUAAAGAGGGAAAUCCAGUGAGCUGAUGGUGCAGUCGAGGGGGAAACAAAUGUUGGCCUGUGUGGUCCAGCUCAGUGGAAGAGUUACCAGAGCUGAAAAAAAGAAAUAAUAAUAACGCUGUUUCUGAUAGAAAGGUGUCCAUUUACCACCACGCAGCUUCAGAGGUAGAGCUGAUAUCUCCUCCUUUUUGAGACCAGAGAGGGUCGACUCAAGAUCCACAUAGUGACGGCUAAUAAGUCUGUUUUAUCCUGUUACAGUUAUUUACCCAGAGAGCUCCGAUAAGAAGACAAAUGCAGAUGCUUACAUGGGAUGGUAUGCAGGGGUCAAUGCAUGUCUGUACAUGUACAGAGUUAUCAGCAUCAGCACAGACGGAGCUCAACUACCUUACUGGAAACUCCAGACAGAGCGGCACAGACGCUGACACUCUAUCCGGAGUCGUCCCGCAGUAAUUUGAGUGUUUUGUGUUUAUACACUGAAAUUCUUUCAGAUUUGCACAUUUACCAACAGCCGCCCUCACGAUUUUCUCUUUCUCUUAAAGACUUUAAUUUACACAGGAGGAGACAUUAAGCUGGGCCUGAGUCAAUAAAGUGAAAACUACUUCUAAUCUUCUUCUUCUCUCUUUUAAUUUGUUCCUGUAAUUCUCUCCGUUUGUCUUCUCUGGUUUCUUUUCAGCCUCUUGUUUUUAUCUCAGUGAAUAUUUACACUUUGAACCAUUAACAUCCAUCCAAAUAUCCUCUUUACCUCCAUUUAAUGGUUGUAAUGAUUGAUGUGUCAUCAGAUUUACAUGAAUUUAACAAUAAUUUACCUGAUUUGAGUUUGUGUGUUUCUAAAGCAGACAACAUGUGAACAUCCUGAUGGUUCGAACACAGGCAGACUGAAGCUGCAGUGUUUGCUUUUAUAGAUUUUCCAAUCUACUCAGAGGUUCAGCAGCCUCACAGAGAGCAGCUCGUUGUUAAAGGGAUGAAAACAGUCGAUAGUUUUUGUGUUCAAAGUGCGUGACACAUUGUUUUUUCAGCUGUAAAACACUCGCCUCCUUUCUUUCGGUUACCGCGGUUAUCGCCGCUGCGUCUCUCCGCCCACACACGCAGCAGACAGCCGAGCAGAACGGCUCAGCGACCGAAAUCAUUCUGAGAAAUCACAGAGUGAAGCGGACUCGUGUUUAUCUUCUUCUCCCCUUCUCCUCCAGACACGAGUUAUCUGAGUACAUCCCCGCACCUCUGUUCAAGAAGCAGCCGCCCCAGCAGUGGGUUACCAUGGUGACGCAGCACAUGCAGCAAGUGCAGACCCUGAACCCGCAUCAGGCCAGAGCUCAGUUUCUGGGUGAGUUCUCUGUUCACAUCAGCAGGAGAUAAAAACUGAACGUCUUUGACUCCAUUCAUAAAAUCCUGCAGUCAGACACGAGUACGAACAGCUGAGAACAGACGUUAGAUUAAAUUCACCUGAACGUCAUCGUUUAGAUCACGUGUGUUUAAACUGCAGCGCUGUAACUGUUGAACAAGAGGGGAGACUAAAGUUUUAACAUCAUGUCAGAUCCCUCAUUCAUUCAUGACUGCAGAAGAUCUGUGUGGAAAUUCUCCAUCUGAUGAUGACGAGAGAAGAUUAGGACCACAUGAGGAGAAUUAAGAUAAUUACAGGAAGGAGAUUAGUCAGAAUUUAGAGAUUAAAAAUCAUUAUCUCAAGAUUAAAGUCGGAAUUUCAAGAUUACAAAAUGUCGUAAAUAAAGUCAAAUUUCGAGAUGAAAGUCAAAUUUUGAGAUUAAAGUAGAAAUCUUUUGGAUAAAAGAAUUGAUAUCAGGAUUAAAUUCAAAUUUUUUAGAUUUAAGUCGAAAUUUCAAGAUUAAAAAUUGAAAUCUUGAGAUCAAAGUCAAAAUUUCAAGAUUACAAAAUGUCAAAAUAUCUUGAAUAAUGUCGAAAUUUUGAGAUUAAAAAAAAAUUAAAUUUUGAGAUUGGAGUCAUAAUUUGGAGAUUCAAGUCAAAUUUCAAGAUUCAAGUCAAAAUUAUGAGAUAUAAAUUUAAAUUUAGAGAUAAAAAAUUUAAAUCUCGAGAUUUAAGUCGGAAUGUCAAGAUUACAAAAUGUCAAAUGUCAUGAAUAAAGUCAAAUUUUGAGAUAAAAAAAUUUAAAUUUGAGAUUUAAGUCAAAAUUUUGAGAUAAAAGUCGAAAUUUUGAGAUUAAAAAUUGAAAUCUCAAGAUCAAUGUUGGAAUUUUAAAAUUAAAGUUGAACUAUAACUUGAACUGAAAUUUCAACUUUCAUUUCGAAAUGGAAAUUCCCUUCCGUAAUUAUUUAGUAGAUAAUUGAAUUGAUAAUAGUUAUAAUAAUAGAUAAUUGAUUAUAGUAGAUGACUCUGCUGAUGGUCGGCACCAUCAUUUGUUUGGACCUGAUAAAGCUCCUCCUCCUUAGACUGAGGUUUUGUUAAAGCCUGAGUCACCCCACCACUUCAAUGUCGUUUUUAUGUCUGAUUCAUGCAGAGCCUCCUCUAGGAAUGAAAAAGUGAUGAUCUGCUCUCACAGAGAAUAAGUCCUCUGUCUGUCUGUCUGUCUGUCUGUGCAGGGCUGGUCAGUGCCUUCCCCAUGUUCGGCUCCUCGUUCUUCUACAUCCACAGCAGCAGCUCCACCACCUUCUACGCCCCCUGUAUUGUUGCUGUCAAUCAACACGGUCUCCACUUCCUGCACAAAAAUACACACGUAAGUAACAGACACACACACACAGACACACACAGACACACAGUCAUGGUGGUGAAGCAUUAAUGUGACUCAUCUCAUCGUGACUGAAACAUGAGCCCAGAAGCAGAGUCACAUAGUUGCGUUUGACAGUUGUGUGAGUGUGUUUGGUCUCUGUUGUGCAGGAGCCGAUGGCAGUGGUCCCCCUGGUGGAGGUACAAUCCAGCCGCACCCAGAGGCCCACUGCUGGAACCAGUUACCCUUACGUAGACCUGACGAUCGGGGACAUGAGCACACGGCGGGUCAUCCAGCUGCAGUUAGAGCAGGUAGUAGAGAAAGCACUCUUCAUAAACCAGGUUUGGAGUUUCCGCCUCUCUUCGCUCAUGUCUGCUGCGUUUGUCGUCAGGGCCUGGAGUUGUGUCGAGUCAUCGCCAUGCAGGUGGAGAACAUGAUGUCGGUGCGGGAGAAGAGGCUCACUCUGCCACCCAGCGAAAUCACAAUGCUAUAA